CUUAUAUUCAAUAGUUUACUUCCUUAAGAUUAUCACUAUUCUAUUCACUUUUAUUAUUAGUCUGCUAUAUUCAACAACAGUUUUUUCUUCUUACUAUUGUUCCAAGUUGAUUCUUUUGGAUCUUUUUUACUUUUCCGAGUUUUGAGGAUUCAAGAGAUUCGAUUCAGAACAUGUAAUUUGCAUGCUAUUUCUUUCUUCUCGUUCCAAAAAAUUUCUAAUUAUUUCGGAAUUUUUACCAAACUUGUUACCCGCGCAGAUUUCGGUCGUCAUGAUGAAGCAAGCACAAAGAACCUCGUCGUUGGAGCACCAGAACUACGUUUUCGCGAUGGCGGUGCGGAAAAAUUUGGUUUGGAACAAACACGGGGUGCAGCAGGCGUUCUAGAUGGAAACGGAACCUGGGAGAAUAGCCGGCGCGGGCGUCAGCCUGGCUGGCGGCAGCUCCUCGUCUUCUUUUUCCAUUCGGAGGAACAGAAUAAACCAGCAGUCUUCUUCAGAAGUUGUGCCGGAUCAUCUGCAGGAGCAUGAUGAUUCCGUGCAAAAAAUAUAUCGGAAAAGGCAUCUCGUUCAACACGGGAGCGUCGGGUCGUGCACUUUUUCCGCGACAACAUCAACGGUAAAAACAAACCAGAGCCUCUGGAGGAGAAAAUCGUCUUCGUCUUGCACCAGCGGGAAUGGCAGUUUCGGCUGUUGCGGGGACGAAUUGAUAUCUACUGCGACGGCGACGUCAACGACGAGUUGUAGCAGAAGAAAUUAUAAACCAGAGGAGAGCAGCAUCAACAACCAAUUUAUUGACGAGGAAGCCGAUGCGUUUUCAACAGCGGCCGCGUCUCUUCCAGCAGCAUCCCCGUCCGUGUGGCAGCACGAGGGAUGCUGGGUUAGAAAGGAAAACCAUCGCCCUCGUCUUCGUUUCGACAAGAAGACCCGGAGAAGAAGGUCCAGAUCUUCGUCCGAAAAUAGUCAUAGAAAAACCAAGACUAGCAGAUCUACUACGGAACAUCAACAACAACCUUUGCAGCCGGCACUUUGCGGGCCCAGAGCUGUUGACCGUGAAAAUCUAGACAGAAAACUCCAAGGUUGUGCGCCGUCGUCUCCUUAUUCUCUCACGAGUAUAGAACGAUGUUGCGACAUCACGACGACGUCGAAUAGGUGGCGGAUUCCGCGGACCAGCAUGGCGCGAAGUGCCCAGAAGGGCAGCAGCAGCGGUGGUUCUUUCUUUGCGAACCUGUUGCAGGUCUUGCUGUUUUUCUUUUUUAGCACCUUCCUCCUACAAACGGAGGCCUUCGUGCUGAUUUCGCGGGUCGGUGAGAUCUCGCUGUUGGGUCCCAUCGAUAUCGAUCCGCGAAACAACGAGAAUCCACAAAUUGCCUUCCGUUACAACGGUGUGCGAAAAUGGAGCAUAUACCGCAACCCAGGCGUCUCAGAGGACGAUCAGGUCCGAGGGGCGUUGGUCAUUGCGAAGGAGGAAGAGGUAUACAAAAAAAAACUACAAUUUUUUGCAAAUAUAUCAUAGGUAUCGUCAUGCACUAAAUUCAGAAUAUUUUUUUUCAGAGCUUCGCAGCGCUUACAGCACGACCUUUUGUUUUGCGUUAAGAACAAUUGAAUGCAAAAUCCGAACUCAACCGACAACCACAACAGGCCACGGAAGUGGGCGGCGAGUCAACGAAGGUGGACUACAUCACCCUUCGGCAGGACGAGGAGCUUUUGUUCCACACGAAAUUGUCCGUCACCGACGCCGUGAACCUCGGGAAGACGCUUUCCGUGGUGUCCGACACGAGAUUAGCGGGCCGCACGUCGAUCGCGAGCGAGCAGCUGGCGUCCGACAGCAGUGCGGGUACCGUGGUCGCGAACAAGCUCUCCGUGGCGCAGGACACCACCUUCGGCGAGGCUUUGUCCGUGCGGCAGAUGACCAAAUUAGGCAGUUCCCUGUCCGUGUUCGGCGACGGGUUCUUCGGCGCGGGGAUGAGCGUGCGACAGUUCGUGAUGUUCGGGCACCGGUUAUCCGUGUUCAACUUCGUGUCGUUCAGUUCCUCCUUUUCGCUGCGGUACUUCGCCCGCUGCGGGUCCAACUUGUCCGUGUUCCAGUGGACCCGGUUCGGCAGCAGCAUGUCCGUGCUCGGGUUCACGCAGCUGGCGAGUUCGCUGUCCGUGACCGCGUUCACGCGCAUGGGCGGGAACUUGAGUGUGUUCUGCAAGGCCAUCAUGGGCAGCUCGCACUCCGUGCUGGACUUCGUCUCUUUGGGUAGUUCCUUGUCCAUCCGGCAGUACCAGCGGUGCGGGUCCAGUCUUUCCAUGUACGGCAUGAGCCGCAUGGGGUCGAUGCUGAGUAUCCUGGACUACAUCAGCUGCGGGUCCAGCAUCUCCGUCCGGGGCUUCGCCCGGUACGGCAGCAGUCUGUCCGCGUACGGGUUACUGCGCAUGGGAAGCGUGCUGUCUUUGUUGGACGUGUGCUACAUCGGCAGCGUGCUCUCGUUGCGGUCCUUCGGGCGCGUGGGCAGCAGCUUCUCGGUGUACGGCGUGACGCGAAUCGGGUCCUCCCUGUCCGUGCUCGACUUCGCCAGCAUGGGCUCCGCACUCUCCCUCCGCGCCUACUGCCGGAUCGGGUCCGGCGCCAGUUGCUACGGCAUGGGGCGGUUGGGGUCCAACCUGUCGAUUUUGGACUUUGUGCACAUCGGGAGUGCCUUGAGCGUCCGGAGUUACGCGCGGAUCGGCCUGACCAUGUCCGUGUACGGACUGAGCCAGCUGGGCAGUACGCUGUCGAUCCUGGACUUCGCGCACUUCUCAUCCAGCAUGUCGGUGCGGAACUUUCUGCGGCUCGGGUCCGCGAUGAGUCUGUACGGCCUGGGCUUCCUCGGCAGCAGUUUGUCCGUCCUUGACUUCGUGUCCCUGGGGUCCAGCAUCAGUUGCCGCGCGUUCGCGCGCCUCGGAUCCACCUGCUCCGUGUACGGCUACAGCAAGAUCGGGAGUUCGCUCUCCGUGCUGGACUUCUUCAACAUUGGGAGCUCGUUGUCCAGUAGGAGUUUCGUCCGACUGUCGAGUUCUUGCUCCGUGUACGGGCUGUCCCGGAUCGGGUCCUCGCUCUCCAUGCUAGAUUGCUCCUUGCUCGGGUCCUCCAUGAGUCUGCGGUCGUUCCUGCGCGCGGGAAGCAUCAUAUCCGUGUACGGGAUGACCCGGAUCGGGUCGCUGAUGUCGGUGUUGGACUACGCGCAUUUUGGGUCCUCCGUGUCCAUCCGGAACUUCCUCCGGGUCGGCAGCACGGUGUCCGUGUUCGGGAACACCCGGAUCGGGAGCUUUCUCUCCGUCGGGCAGCAGGCGUACUUUGGGUCGUCCGUCUCGACCACGAGCUUCGUCCGCCUGGGCAGCGCGCUGUCCACCUUCGGGGUGGCGCGGUUCGGCAGCUCCUGCUCCAUCCUGGACUUCACCCACAUCGGCAGUAGUCUGAGUCUGCGGUCCUUUGUCCGCUUAGGCAGCACCUUCUCCGUGUACGGACUGACAAGACUGGGGUCCAACAUGUCGAUCCUGGACUUCGUCAACAUGGGCAGCUCCAUGUCCCUGAAGAGCUACAUCCGGAUCGGGAGUUCCCUGUCCGUGUACGGGGUGGCCACGCUCGGGUCCGCGUUCUCCAUCCUGGACUACGCGUCGAUCGGCAGCACGAUCUCGGUGCGGUCCUUCCACCGCAUUGGAAGUGCAAUGAGCGUGUACGGCAUGACCUCCAUCGGCAGUUCUUUGUCCCUCUUAGACUUCGGCCACUUUGGUAGUUCCAUGAGCUUACGCGGGUUCGGGCGCGUGGGCAGCAGUCUGUCCGUCUACGGGUUCACGAGGCUGGGAUCCUCGCUGUCCGUGCUGGACUGCGGACACUUUGGGAGUUGCACCUCGCUGCGGUCCUUUUUGCGGUUGGGGUCGUCGCUCUCCGUGUACGGCACCGCGCGGAUCGGGAGUUCGCUUUCCGUACUGGAUUUCGUGGGCUUCGGGAGCGGCGUGUCCGUGCGAACGUUUGCGCGGUUAGGGUCCUCCUGCAGUAUCUACGGGUACGCGCGGCUCGGGUCCGCGGUGUCCCUGCUCGACUUCGCGCACUUCGGCAGUUCGCUCUCAAUCCGCCGGUUUGGGCGCAUCGGGCACGCCGUGUCGGUCUACGGGCUGUCGAGACUCGGGAGUUCGCUCUCCGUGCUGGAUUUCCUGACCAUGGGCAGCAGCAUGUCGCUGCGCGCGCUGGUGCGGUACGGCAGUUCCAUGUCCGUGUACGGGGCCGCGAGGUUAGGAUCCAGCCUGUCCGUGCUGGACUUCAUCCACUUCGGCUCCAGCAUGAGUGUGCGCACCUUCAGCCGCGUGGGGUCCAGCAUCUCCGUCUUCGGGGUGGCGAGACUUGGGUCGGCGAUCUCGGUUUUAGACUUUGUCACCUUCGGCAGUUCGUGCUCCAUGCGCUCCUACACGCGGCUGGGAAGCUCCUUGUCCGUCUACGGAUUUGGCCGGCUCGGCAGUUCCAUGUCCUGCUUGGACUUUCUGUCGUUCGGCAGCUCGCUGUCCGUGCGAAACUGCGUGCGCUUCGGGUCCAGUCUGUCCGCCUACGGCAUCACCAAGCUUGGCAGCAACCUCUCCGUGCUGGACUUCGCGUGCAUGGGCAGUUCGAUGUCGCUCCGAUCGUUCGCGCGCCUCGGCAGUUCCAUGUCCGUGUACGGGUGCGGCUUGAUCGGGUCCAGUCUGUCGGUGCUGGAUUUCGCGCACCUGAGUUCCAGCUGCAGUGUGCGGUCGUUCGCGCGCUUCGGCAUGUCGCUGUCGGUCUACGGAGUGGCGCAGAUGGGGUCCAACCUGUCGCUGCUGGACGCCAUGUCCGUCGGCAGCUCGCUCUCCUGCCGCACCUUCGCGCGAUUAGGCUCCAGUUGCUCCGUGUACGGCUUGACCCGGUUCGGCAGUGGAAUGAGCGUGUUGGAUUGCGUAUCCAUCGGUUCGAGCUUUUCCCUGUCUAAGUUUAUGCGGGUCGGCAGCACGCUUUCCGUCUUCGGUAUCGCGCGCAUGGGCAGUGCGUUGUCCGUGCUGGAUUUCGUCUCGCUGUCCAGUGGCGUCUCCAUCCGUGGCGUCGUGCGGCUCGGCAGUACCCUGAGUCUGUACGGGAUGGGCCGGUUCGGCAGCGGGCUGUCCGUGUUGGAUUUCUCCACGUGCGGGUCGAGCUUCAGUCUGCGGUCCCUGGCCCGACUCGGAUCCACCAUGAGUCUCUACGGGUGCGCCCGGUUGGGCGGCAGCAUGAGUGUUCUCGACUUCGUGCACCUGGGGUCCGGGAUGUCCAUGCGGUCGUUCUUCCGACUGGGAUCCUCCAUGUCGCUGUUCGGCAUUGCCAGGUUUGGUAGCGCGAUGAGUGUGAUCGACUUCGUGAACUUCGGUUCCGCGUUCUCGAUCCGGAGCUACACGCGGCUCGGGUCGGCUUUUUCGUCCUUCUACCUGGCGCGAGUAGGCGCCGAGCUCUCCGUGUUGGACUCGAACCACUUGGGGAGCAGUCUGUCGCUCCGGUGCUACGCGCGCGUAGGUUCCGCGUUGUCGAUUUUUGGGCAGGGGCGAUGCGGAUCGGCUUUAUCCCUGCUGGACAUGUUUUCGCUCGGAAGUGGCAUGAGCUGCCGCGGGUUCGCGCGACUAGGAUCGGCCAUGAGCGUGUUCGGGCUCGCCAGACUAGGAAGCUCGCUCUCCAUGCUGGACUUCAUCAGUCUGGGCAGCACCCUGUCGGUGCGAACGCUGGGUCGCAUGGGAAGCUCUCUGUCCGUGUACGGGUUUACCAAGUGCGGGUCCAGCGUGUCCGUGCUGGACUACAUCAGCUUUGGCUCCUCGCUCUCCGUGCGGAACUGCGGCCGGUUGGGCAGCUCCCUGUCUGUGUACGGCGCUUCAAGAUUAGGAUCCGCCAUGUCGGUGCUGGACUACGUGAUCCUCUCGAGCACGUUCUCGUGCCGCAGUUUCCUCCGGCUGGGGUCCUCGCUCUCGACCUUCGGCGUGCACCGGUUAGGGAGUAGUUUGAGUACCCUGGACUACAUCGCCUUCGGGUCCGCCUUAUCGCUGCGCAGCUACGGGCGGCUCGGCAGCAGCUUGUCGCUGUACGGGCUGAGUAGGCUGGGAAGUUCCUUCAGUCUGACGGACUUCGCCUCCGUCGGGAGUUCGUUCUCCCUCCGGAGUUUUGCGCGUUUCGGCUCGACCUGCUCGCUGUACUCGUUCGGCAUGCUGGGGAGUUCGUUGUCGCUGCUCGACUACGCGUCCUUCGGGUCCAGCAUCAGUAUCCGCAACUUUGUGCGGGCGGGGUCCGCGCUGAGUCUGUACGGAAUCGGGCUGCUCGGGUCCGCCAUGUCCGUGCUGGACUACGUGAGCAUCGGCAGUUCCAUCUCGUUCCGGUCCUUCGCGCGGAUGGGAAGCGCCUUUUCCGUUUACGGGAUCACGCGGUGCGGGUCCAGCGUCUCCGUUUUGGAUUACAUCGAGCUGGGCAGUGCGAUGUCCAUCCGGUCCUUCACCCGCGUCGGGUCCAGUAUCUCCGUGUUCGGGAUCGUGCGCUUGGGCUCCGCCUUCUCCAUCGUCGACUGGUGCAUGUUUGGGAGUUCGCUGUCGCUGAAGAGCUUCGGGCGGUUCGGCCACAAGCUGUCCGUGUACGGGGUGAGUCGCCUCGGGUCCGCGGUCUCGAUCCUGGCCUUCUACACGCUCGGGUCCUCGAUGUCCGUCCGUAGUUUCUGCCGGUACGGAUCCGCGCUCUCCGUCUACGGCAUGAGCCGGCUGGGGUCCGCGCUCUCCGUGCUCGACUUCGCGCACAUGGGGUCCACGGUCUCCCUGACCUCCUUCGGGCGCCUCGGGUCCGGGUUGUCCAUCUACGGGCUGGCCAGGUUCGGGUCCUCGCUGUCCGUCCUCGACUACACCAGCAUCGGCUCCGCGCUGUCAAUGCGCACGUUCACGCGGUUCGGAAGCAGCUUCUCGCUGUACGGGAUUGGCCAAUUAGGGUCCAGUCUCUCCACCCUGGACUUCGUACAUCUGGGCAGUUGCGCCUCGGUGCGCGCGUUGAGCAGACUCGGGAAGAGCCUGUCCGUCUACGGUUUGACGCUGCUCGGUUCGUCCAUCUCCGUGCUGAACUUUGUCAGCAUGGGUUCUGGUCUGUCCGUCCGUAGUUUCUGCCGCGCCGGGUCGGCGACCUCGAUCUACGGUAUCGCGCGGCUCGGGUCCGCGAUGUCGUGUCUCGACUACGUCAGUCUCGGGUCUUCGUGCUCCGUGAAGUCAUUCUGUAGGUGGGGUUCCGGCCUGUCCGUGUACGGUACCGCGCGCAUGGGUUCCGCCUUCUCGAUUUUGGAUUUCCUGCACCUGGGUUCCUCCCUGUCCAUGCGCAGCUACACGAGGUUAGGCUCGACGUUCUCCGUCUACGGGUACGUGAAAUUAGGUUCUUCCCUCUCCGUGCUGGACUACGUGUUCGCGGGCAGUUCCCUGUCCCUGCGUUCCUACGUGUACUUCGGAUCCAGUCUCUCCGCCUACGGCGCGUUGAAUUUGUGUUCCUCGCUGUCCAUCCGGAGUUUCGUGCGGUGCGGAAGUUCUUGCAGUAUCUACGGCAUCGCGAGAAUGGCCUCGUCCGUGUCCGUGCUGGACUACGUUUCUCUAGGAUCGAGUUUGUCCCUCCGGUCGUACAGCCGAUUGUCGAGCAGCAUUUCCGUGUACGGAACCACGAGACUCGGGUCCGCUUUAUCGGUUCUGGACUACGUGCACUUCGGGUCCGACCUGUCGUUACGAAGUUUCCUCCGGUUAGGAUCUACGAUCUCCGCCAUGGGACUGUGCCGACUCGGGUCGGUUUUAUCUUUAGUCGACUUUGUCAACUUCGGGUCCAGUUUGAGUUGCCGCAGUAUGUGCCGCCUCGGGUCGUCGUUGUCCGUGUACGGGAUGGCAAGGUUGGGAUCCAACGUGUCGAUUUUGGACUACGUGAAUUUUGGUAGUUCUCUCUCCCUCCGCGGCUUCCACCGGUUCGGCUCCGGCUUCUCCGUGUACGGCAUGACCCGGAUCGGGUCCUGCUUCUCCAUUCUGGACUUCGUCAGCUGCGGUUCCAGUCUGUCCACGCGCGGUUUCUCGCGGCUCGGUUCCGCGAUGAGCACCUACGGCCUGCUCACGCUCGGGAGCAGCUGCUCCGUGCUGGAUUACUUUCAACUAGGUAGCAGCAUGAGCAUCCGGAGUUACCUGCGCAUCGGGAGUUCGUUGUCGGUUUACGGUAUGGUGAACCUGAAUUCCAGCAUCUCGGUUCUCGACAUGGUGCAGGUUGGUUCCGCGUUGUCGCUGCGGAACUUCAUCCGCAUGGGCAGUUCGCUCUCCGUGUACGGCAUCGCGAAAUUGGGGAGCAGUUGCUCCAUCCUAGAUUUCGUCAGCGUCGGCAGCACCAUGAGUCUACGGAGCUUCACGCGGUUCGGGUCCGCGCUGUCGGUGUACUGCAUGCUGAAACUUGGAAGCGGCGUUUCCGUGCUGGACUUCCAGGGACUCGGGUCCACGUUCAGUAUCCGUAGCUUCGUCCGGCUUGGCUCCUCGGUUUCGACCUACGGGGUUGCGAAGAUCGGCUCGCAGGUGUCUCUGCUGGACUUCUUCACCAUCGGAUCCGCGUUGUCCCUCCGGUCCGCCUGCCGAUUAGGGUCCAGUUACUCCGUGUACGGGUUGAGCUUCGUCGGGUCCGCGCUGUCCGUGCUCGAUUUCAUCAGCGUCGGGUCCGCGAUCUCGCUAAGAUCGUUCGCGCGGAUGGGCUCCAGCAUUUCCGUAUUCGGGGUGAUGCGGUACGGCUCCAGCGUCUCGCUGCUGGACACCUUCUCCCUCGGGUCGUCGUUUUCGCUGCGCAGCAUGAUGCGGUUUGGGUCGACUUUGUCGCUCUACGGCAUGGUGCGGUUCGGCUCGCAGAUGUCCGUGCUGGAUGUCUUCCACAUGGGGUCCGCGAUGUCCGUGCGUACCAUGAUGCGACUCGGCAGCACCGCCUCGAUCUUCGGCAUCUGCCGGCUGGGGAGUUCCAUGUCGAUCCUGGACUUCAUCGGGUUAGCUUCCUCCCUCUCCGUGCGGUCCUUCCACCGGAUGGGAAGCUCGCUGUCCGUGUUCGGUGUGGCGCGGUGCGGGAGUUCGCUGUCGAUUCUGGAUUUCGCGCUGGUGGGCAGUAACAUGUCCGUCCGCUCGUUUUCUCGAUUAGGGUCCAGUCUGUCCGUGAUGGGGAUCUGCAACUUGGGAUCGAGUCUCUCCAUCCUCGACUACGUGUCCCUCGGUUCGGCGUUCUCCACGCGCAGGUUCUUCCGGCUCGGCAGCACGCUGUCGAUCUACGGGCUCACGACGUUUACCAGCACGCUGUCCAUCCUGGACAUGGCCAGCUUCGGGUCCAGCAUCUCCGUCCGCUCGUUUAUCCGGCUGGGUAGUUCUUUGUCCGUGUUCGGGAUGACCAGGCUAGGAUCCAGUUUCUCCGUCUUGGACGCGAUCUCGCUGGGUUCGACGCUGUCCCUCCGGUCGGUGAUGCGGUUCGGUAGCAGCGUGUCCGUGUUCGGGUUGACCAGGCUCGGGUCCUCUUUAUCCCUGCUCGACGCGAUGUCGGUCGGUUCUACGCUAAGUCUCCGGUCCUUCAUCCGACUCGGGUCGACCUGCAGUACCUACGGUUUCGCCCUGCUCGGAAGCAGCGUGUCCAUCAUGGACACGUUCCAUUUGGGAUCCACGAUCUCGCUGCGCAGCUUCCUCAAGCUCGGCAGUGCAAUUUCGCUUUACGGGAUCGCGAGCAUGGGGUCCAACAUCAGUCUGCUCGACUACGUGCAUUUAGGCAGUGUGCUGUCGGUGAGAAACGUUUUACGGCUGGGGAGCAGUCUCUCCAUCUACGGAAUCACCAGACUCGCGUCCUCCAUGUCGAUUCUCGACGCCGGCUCCUUCGGGUCGACUUGUUCGCUCAGGUCGUUUUUGCGCCUGGGCAGCUUCUGCAGUUUGUACGGGGUCGCGCGGGUGGGGUCCUCGAUGAGUAUCCUGGACUUCGCGAUGAUCGGCUCAUCGCUGUCUUUGCGGUCUUUAUCCCGGUUCGGCAGCAGUUACAGUGUGUUCGGCGCCGUCCUGCUCGGCUCCAGCUUCUCGCUGCUCGACUUCGCGCACUUCGGGAGUUCGAUUUCGAUGCGCAUGUGCUCGCGGUUGGGCUCUGGGUGCUCCGUGUACGGGAUGACCCGCAUCGGUUCGCAACUGUCGAUUUUGAACUACGCCAACUUCGGUUCCGCGUUGUCCAUGCGUUCGUUUUCCCGUUGUGGCAGCAGCGUGUCCGUGUACGGCCUGGUCCGGUUCGGAUCGUCUCUUUCCCUACUGGACCGCGUCACGCUCGGGUCUUCGUUCUCCCUGCGGACGAUGAUGCGCCUCGGGAGUUCGAUUUCCGUGUUCGGGAUCGCGAAGCUCGGGAGCAGCGUGUCGAUUCUGGACUACGUCAGCAUGGGCUCCUGCCUGUCCAUGCGCGGCUUUGGCCGCAUGGGAAGUUCCGCGUCCAUCUACGGCAUGUGCCGGUUAGGCUCGCAGUUGUCCGUGCUGGAUUUCAUCAACUUCGGGUCCAGCUGCAGUUUCCGCGGCUUCAUGCGGGUGGGAUCAAGUAUUUCCAUGUACGGGUUCGCGCGCAUCGGAAGUUCCUUAUCAGCGCUCGACUUCGUGCACAUGGCAAGCUCUCUUUCUCUGCGGUCGUUCGCAAGAUUGGGCUCGUCGAUCUCGACUUAUGGUCUCUCGCGGAUCGGAUCUGGCCUAUCUGUCCUCGACUGCCUGCAGAUUGGUUCUUGCCUGUCCGUCCGCUCCUUCAUGCGGCUGGGGUCUAGCUACUCCGUGUACGGCAUCUCGCGGUUAGGCAGCUGCGUUUCCGUGUUGGACUCGUCGACUUUUGGGAGCAGUUUAUCCCUCCGGUCGUUUUGCCGCAUGGGGUCCAGUUUAUCGCUCUAUGGUGUGAUGAAGCUCGGCACCAGUCUGUCCGUCGCGGACUACAUUCUGUGCGGGAGUUCCUUUUCCGUGCGGUCGUUCUGCCGCGUCGGAAGUUCGUUGUCCGCCUACGGAACCAUCCGCUGCGGGUCGCAGUACUCGCUGCUGGACUUCGCAUCCCUCGGGUCGAGCUUGAGUCUGUGCAGCUUCGCGCGGUUCGGCAGCAGUUACUCCGUGUAUGGUACGGUCAGAUUGGGGAGCCAGUUCUCGCUGCUCGACAGCAGCUUCCUCGGGUCCAGUUUCUCCACCAGGUCCUACUCGCGGUUCGGCAGUAAAAUCUCGGUGUACGGCUGCCACCGCCUGGGGUCGUCCCUGUCCGUGUUGGACUUCGUGCAGGUCGGCUCGUCCCUGUCCUUCCGGUCCUUCAGCCGCUGCGGGUCCAACGUGUCCUUCUUCGGCAUGGCGCUGCUGGGCAGCAUGGUGUCCGUGCUCGACUACGGGUUCUUCACUUCUUCCCUGUCCGUCCGUAUGUAUUCGCGGAUUGGCAACGGUCUGUCCGUCUACGGGCUGGCGCGGUUAGGCUCCGCGUUGUCGGUGCUGGAUUACAUCAUGCUCGGGUCCGGCUGCAGUAUUCGUUCCUUCUCCCGGCUCGGAAGUUCCAUUUCCGUGUUCGGCGCCACGAAGAUCGGAUCCAGUCUGUCCGCGCUGGACUUCUUCGUGCUCGGGUCCUCGAUGUCGCUGCGUAACUUCUACCGCACGGGGAGUGGGUGCUCGGUGUACGGGUUCUGCAAACUUGGGAGCAGCAACUCUAUCCUGGACUUCAUCAACGUGGGCAGCUGUCUCUCGUUAAGGAUGUUCUCGCGCCUUGGGUCCUCCUUCUCGCUGUACGGGGUGUGCCGCCUGGGUUCUAGCAUGUCCAUCCUCGACUCCUGCCACAUCGGAUCGGGGCUGUCGGUGCGCGGCUUCGCCCGGUUAGGGUCCAGCUUGUCCGUAUUCGGCAUGUCCAGGUUUGGGUCCUGCCUCUCGAUCCUGGACCGCAUCACGCUCGGCAGCAGUCUGUCGCUCCGGUCGUUUGCCAGGAUGGGGAGUUCGCUUUCCCUGUUCGGGAUGACCAGAUUGGGAAGCAACUUGUCCGUGCUGGAUUUCAUCCAGUUCGGGUCCAGUUUGAGUCUGCGGAACUUCCUCCGGCUCGGCUCAACGCUAUCCGUCUUCGGCGUGACGCACUUGAGUUCCUCCAUGUCGGUUUUGGACUAUUUGCAAAUCGGCAGUUGCAUGUCGACGAGAUCGUACACGAGGCUCGGAUCGAGUUUGAGUGUGUACGGCAUGGUGCGGUUUGGCAGUUCCAUGUCUUUGAUCGACAUGUGCCACAUCGGCAGCGCGAUGUCGUGCCGGAACUUCUGCCGGAUGGGCUCCAGUCUGUCCGUGUUCGGCAUCUGCCGCGUGGGCAGCAACUUGUCGAUUUUGGAUUUCCUCCACCUCGGGUCGACCAUCAGUCUGCGCAGCAUGGGGAGGCUCGGAAGCGCCCUGUCGGUGUACGGCAUGAGUCGCUGCGGCUCCGCGAUCUCGCUGUUGGAUUUCGCGCACUUCGGGAGCGGAAUUUCGCUGCGCUCGUUUCUGCGACUGGGGUCCACCCUGUCGGUGUACGGCAUGACCCGAUGCAGCAGUAACGCGUCGUUGCUGGAUUUCCUGACGCUGGGCAGCUCGUUGUCGCUGCGGAACUUCUUGCGGCUGGGAAGCUCGUUAUCCGUGUUCGGCAUGUGCCGGAUGGGCAGUUCUCUCUCGACCCUGGAUUUCGUUAACCUGGGCAGCUCGAUGUCCCUCCGCAGCUACACCCGCUUAGGCAGUUCGCUGUCCGUUUUCGGCCUGUGCAAGUUGGGCUCGAAUUUGAGUGUGCUGGACAGCAUCCAACUCGGGUCGUGCAUGUCUCUGCGCUGCUACGCGCGACUCGGGUCCUCCUUGUCGGUGUACGGCCAGUUCCGGCUCGGCUCUGCCUUGUCGCUGCUGGACGCGAUCUCGCUGUCCAGUUCCCUGUCCGUCCGCACCUACGCGCGCCUCGGAAGCUCCGUCAGCGUGUACGGGAUGGCGCGGUUGGGGAGCUGUUUGAGCAUCCUCGACUCCAUGCAGAUGGCCUCGGCCUUCUCGGUCCGAAGCUUCGCCCGCCUGGGCUCGUCGCUGAGCGUGUUCGGCAUGGUGCGGUUGGGGUCCAACUUGUCGGUGCUCGAUUGCUGCGAGAUCGGGUCGAACAUCUCGGUGCGCAUGUUCGCGCGGCUAGGUUCGAGUUUGUCUGUUUACGGCAUGUCGAGAUUCGGUAGCAACAUGAGCGUCUUGGACUACCUGUUAGUCGGCAGUUCCCUUUCGGUCCGUAACCACUGCCGACUGGGGAGCUCGUUGAGCGUGUACGGCAUGACGCGGCUUUCCAGCUGCUGUUCCCUGAUCGACACACUGCAGCUCGGCUCGUGCGUCAGCAUGCGGUCGUACCUGCGGCUCGGAAGCUCGCUGUCGAUGUACGGCUGCCUCAGGCUGGGGUCGCACAUGAGUUUGCUGGACUUUUUGCAGCUGGGCUCCAGCGUGUCGCUCCGCAAGGUCGCGCGGUUGGGUUCGUCCCUGUCCGUGUACGGCAUGUGCCGUCUUUCCAGCAGGCUCAGCGUGCUGGACUGCCUGCACAUCGGCAGCUCGCUGUCGCUCCGGAGCUACAUGCGACUGGGAUCGUCGCUGUCCGUGUUCGGCAUCACGCACCUGGCCUCAAAUCUGUCCGUCAUCGACUAUCUGCAGCUCGGUAGUUGCCUGUCCGUGCGCACCUUCUGCCGCAUGGGCAGCUCGGUGUCCGUGUACGGGAUUGCGCAGUUCGGGAGUUGCAUGUCGAUCCUCGACUUCGUGCACCUCGGAUCCAACUUAUCCGUCCGCUCUUACCUGCGGUUGGGCAGCAGUCUCUCCGUGUUCGGGAUCAGCCGCGUCGGGAGCAGCAUCAGCAUCCUGGAUUUACUCCACCUCGGCUCCUCGGUGUCGGUCCGCAGCUGGGCGCGCGUCGGCUCUACCCUGUCGGUGUACGGCAUGACCCGGUUCGGCAGCGGGAUGAGUUGUCUGGACUUCGCGAUGUUCGGCUCUGCCAUGUCGGUGCGCAGCUACUGCAGACUCGGGAGUUCGUUGUCCGUUUUUGGCUGCUGCCGACUCGGCUCCGCGCUCUCCGUACUGGACACCAUCCAGAUUGGUAGCAGUUUCAGUGUGCGCUCGUUUGCCAGGCUGGGCUCCAGCUUGUCGCUGUUUGGCAUGUGCAGACUGGGUUCGAACUGCUCGGUGCUGGACAUUUUGCACCUCGGCUCCACGAUCUCUGUCCGCGGCUUCGCACGCAUGGGCAGUUCGCUGUCGGUGUUCGGAAUGACGCAACUCGGCUCGUUCAUGUCCAUUCUGGACCUGUGCCAGCUCGGAAGCUCACUGUCCGUCCGCAGCUACAGCCGGUUAGGGUCGUCCGUGUCGGUGUUCGGCAUGACAAGGUUGGGCUCAAACUUGAGCUUGUUAGACACCUUGCAGCUGGGAUCGUCCCUGUCCAUGCGUUACUUUUUGCGCGUCGGCAGUUCGCUCUCGGUGUUCGGCAUGACCAGGUUGGGAUCGAAUCUCUCCCUGCUAGACAUGUGCCAGCUGGGCAGCACGUUGUCCUGCCGGUACUACACAAGGUUGGGGAGUAGUUUCUCGGUGUACGGCACGACGCAGAUGGGCAGCAACUUGUCUUUACUCGACUACUUCUCCCUAGGAUCCUCCAUCUCCGUGCGCACCAUGACGCGGCUCGGCAGCGGGCUAAGCGUGUACGGCUGCCUGACGCUUGGAUCGACUUUAUCCCUACUCGACACCAUCCACUUGGGCAGCUGUCUGUCCGUCCGCAGCUUCACGCGGCUCGGAUCCAGCUUGACCGUCCUGGCGAAGGUCGACUAUGGCGCCAGCGCGUCGGUCCUCGAGUACCUGCAACUCGGCAGCUCGCUGUCGAUUCGGAAUUACUUGCGGAUCGGCUCCUCGCUGUCCGUGAUCGAGAAGGUGCGUAUGGGCCACACGCUGUCGGUUUUAGACUUUUUACAACUCGGCAGCAGCUUAUCCGUGCGCAACGCGGUGCGGUUCGGCUCCACCCUGUCCGUGUUCGGCAUGAUGCGGCUGGGAACGGCCUUGUCCGUGCUCGACAACACCUUCCUCGGGAGCGCGCUCUCCGUCCGGAGCUACGCCCGGUUCGGCUCCACGCUGUCCGUCUAUGGCUGCGUGCAGCUCGGGAGCAAUUUGUCACUUUUGGACGUGAUCAACAUCGGCACGAGUUUGUCACUCCGGUCCUACAUCCGGCUGGGUUCUUCUUUAUCCGUGAUCUCCAAAAUCACGCUCGGCUCCACCCUGAGCACGCUGGACGCCUGCUACCUCGGGUCCGCGCUGUCUUUGCGGAAGUUCAUGCGGUUCGGCAGUAGUUGCAGCGUGUACGGCAUGAUGCGGUUUGGUUCUAACAUCUCGAUCUUGGACAUCUGCUCGCUCGGGUCCACCAUGAGCCUGCGUGCGAUGUGCCGCCUCGGGUCGACUCUGUCCGUGAUGGACCAGGUGCGGUUCGGCUCGUCCGUCUCGAUCCUGGACUUCACCAGCCUCGGCACGUCGCUGUCGAUCCGCCAGUACCUGCGGGUCGGGUCGAAUUUAUCCGUGAUCGGGCGGGUCCGCCAGGGCUCCACGGUGUCCAUCCUGGACUAUUUACAGCUGGGCAGCUGCGUCUCCACGCGCAGCUUUGCGCGGAUGGGCAGCAGUCUCUCCGUGUUCGGGCUGGUGCGGAUCGGCAGCGCCUUGUCGGUGCUCGACUACGUCAACUUCGGGUCCACGGUCAGCUUCCGCCACAUGUCCCGGUUCGGGUCCUCCGUCAGCGUGUUCGACUGGAUGCGCAUGGGCAGCACGCUGUCCACGUUAGACGCGGUGCACUGCGGGUCGUCGCUCUCACUCCGGUCUUACAUCCGGCUGGGCAGCAACAUCUCCGUGAUCAGCUGGACGCGGCUGGGGACAUCCGCCAGCGUGCUCGACUGCCUGCAUCUCGGCAGCACUUUGUCUCUCCGCAGCUACCUGCGGUUCGGCAGCACGGUGAGCGUGUUCGACCGGGUUCGGCUGGGGAGCAAUUUGUCCAUCCUGGACUAUUUGCAGUUGGGCAGCAGCGUUUCCCUCCGCCAGUACAUGCGGGCCGGCAGCAGUCUGUCCGUGUUCGGCCGAACCUUCAUCGGCAGCACGCUGUCCGCGUUGGAUUUCGUCACCUUCGGGAGCAGUCUCUCCAUGCGGCACUACAUCCGCGUGGGCUCGACUCUGUCCGUGUUCAGCUGGUCCCGGUGCGGGUCCACGGUGUCCGCGCUGGACUUCGUGAAUCUGGGCAGUUGCUUGUCCGUGCGACACGUGGUGAGAUUCGGGAGUAACGUUUCGGUGUUCUCCAAAAUCACGUCCGGCAGCACCUUGUCUCUACUAGACUUCGUGCAGCUGGGCUCCUCCCUGUCGAUUCGCAACUACUUCCGCGUCGGCUCGGCCAUGUCGGUGUACGCGCCGGUGCGGUUCGGCAGUCGGGUGAGCAUCCUGGACCAGUUGCUGCUCGGUAGCUCCAUCUCUUUGAGGAACUACAUCCGGUUCGGCUCUGCGUUGUCCAUCAUGUCGAAGAUGACCUACGGCAGCAACUUGUCCGUCUGCGACCACACGCACCUGGGAACUACAUUAUCCUUGCGGAACUACAUGCGGUUCGGCAGCGCGUUCAGCGUGUUCUCCAAACAGACGCUGGGCAGUUGCUGCUCCGUGCUGGAUAUGUUGCAGCUGGGCUCCGCGAUGAGUGUCAGGAGUUUCAUGAGGUUCGGGUCUUCCGCUUCCGUGUACGGACUCUCUCGGUUGGGGUCCCAGUGCAGCGUUUUGGAUUCAGUCACGUUUGGCUCCAGCCUGUCGGUCCGACACUUUUUGAAGCUGGGCUCCAACUUCUCCGUCAUCAGCUACCUCCGCGCGGGAUCGUGCUUGUCCGUGCUGGACUUCACGAACUUUGGCAGCGCGUUGUCGUUGCGACACUACUCGCGCCUCGGCAGCAAUUUGUCGGUGGUGCAGUGGGUGCGGAUGGGGUCGACGCUGUCCCUGUUGGACUUCGUCAACCAGGGCAGCAGUUUAUCCCUGCGGCAGUACUUGCGGCUGGGUUCGUCCUACUCUGUGUUCCGCUCCGUAAAGCUGGGAUCCACGUUAUCGCAGUUGGAUUUCCUCCAGCUGGGUUCCAGUCAGAGUGUGCGGUCCUUCACGCGUCUCGGAUCGUCCGUCAGUGUGUACGGCAUUGCGAAACUCGGCUCGUGCCUCUCGGUUCUGGACAGCACGUUCCUCGGAAGCUGCCUGUCGCUGCGCCACUAUGCGCGCCUCGGCUCGUGCCUGUCGGUGAUGAGCUAUGCGCGCUUGGGGAGCUCGGCGUCCAUUCUGGAUGCAGUGUACCUCGGUUCCGCGCUUAGCGUCCGGUCCUACUGCCGGUUGGGCAGCACCGCCUCCGUUUACGGCAUGACGAGGUUCGGUUCGUCUCUGAGUUGCCUGGACUUCCUGUAUUUGGGUAGCACCAUCAGCGUCCGUCACGUGAUCAGGUUUGGCUCCGCGGUCUCUGUGAUGUCGCAGCUCCGCGUUGGCUCGCUGGUCUCCAUUCUCGACUACACCACGCUGGGGAGCUCGCUGUCCCUGCGCAGCUACUUGCGGGUGGGAAGCUCCUUGUCUGUCGUGUCCGCGGUCCGGAUGGGCUCGCGACUUUCCGUGAUGGACCACCUGCAGAUCGGCUCCAGUCUGUCCACGCGCGCUGUGCUGCGCGUCGGCUCCCGGCUCUCCGUCUUCGGGCGCUUCAACAUGGGACGGGAGACCUCUGUGUUAGACCACCUGCAACUCGGCUCGAUGCUGUCGCUUCGCAGCUACAGCCGGUUCGGCAGUUCGUGCAGUGUGUACGGGAUGCUGAAACUCGGUUCGCAGCUCUCGCUCCUGGACAACAUCCACGUCGGAAGCUCGCUGUCGUUACGAAACUUCAGCCGCAUGGGCUCCGCGAUGAGCGUGUUCAGCAAGCUGCAGGCCGGCUCCAGUCUGUCCCUGCUCGAUUUUGCGCAGUUCGGUAGCUCCUUCUCGCUGCGCAAUUACGUGCGGUUCGGCUCGGCCAUCUCCGUGUUCCGCAACGUGCAGUGCGGGUCGUGCUGCUCCGUCCUGGACGUGUUCGAGCUCGGCAGCUGCCUGUCCAUGCGGUCCUACACGCGGUUCGGCAGCAGCUGCAGCGUGUUCGGGUUGUCCAGACUCGGCAGUUCGAUGUCGGUGCUGGACGCCAUCUCGAUGGGAUCCACUUUAUCCCUCCGCGGGUUCGCCCGGCUCGGGAGCUGCUUGAGCGUCUUCGGUCUGGCGCGGCUGGGGUCCUCUCUCUCCGUCUUGGACUUCGUUUUGGUGGGCAGCGCGAUGUCGUGCCGCGCGUACUCGCGGUUCGGGAGCGGCCUGAGUCUUUAUGGAAUGAGCCGGCUGGGAAGUUCGUUGUCCAUCCUCGACAGCGUCUUCUUCGGCUCCGGGAUGUCGCUGCGCUCCUUCGCGCGGUUCGGCAGCUCCAUGUCCGUGUACGGCAUGACCCGCUUCGGCAGCCGCAUCUCCGUGCUGGACUGCUUCCAUUUGGGGAGCACAAUCUCGCUGCGCGGGUUUGCCCGGUUCGGGUCGGCCGUUUCGCUGUACGGAAUGUGCCGGUUGGGGUCGGUGUUAUCGUGCCUCGACAGCGCCAGGAUGAGCAGCAGUCUCUCCUGCCGCACGUUCACCCGACUAGGCUCGAGCUUCUCGGUCUACGGCACGGUGCAGAUCGGCUCCAGGAUGUCCAUUCUGGAUUUCCUGUCCCUCGGUUCGGCGAUCAGUGUGCGAUCCUUCAUCCGCUUCGGGUCGGCCAUGUCGCUGUACGGCGUGAUGCAGCUCGGCAGUGCGGUUUCCGUGCUGGACUGCAUGCACCUCGGCAGCGCUUUGUCCAUGCGGAACUUCUGCCGCCUGGGUAGCUCGCUAUCCGUGUUCGGGCUGUCGCGCAUGGCCUCGCAGAUUUCCGUGCUGGAUGCCGUUUGGCUCGGGAGCUCGAUCUCGGUGCGCGGCUUCGCGAGACUCGGCAGCUCGGUCUCCGUGUUCGGGAUGAGCCGGCUGGGAUCCUGCAUGUCGGUGCUGGACUACAUCCAGUUCGGGAGUUCCAUGUCCUGCCGCAACUACUCGCGCGUCGGCAGUUCGUUCUCCUUGUUCGGCUGCAGCCGCUUGGGCAGUUCGCUCUCUGUUCUGGACUACUUCACGGCGGGCAGCUCGAUCUCGUUGCGCAGCUUCGCCCGGUUCGGCAGCUCGGUGUCCAUGUUCGGCAUCUGCCGGUUGGGCAGCCAGCUCUCGGUGCUGGACAGCGUAACAUUAGGGUCCGCGCUGAGUCUCCGUCACUACACGCGCCUGGGAAGCUCGCUGUCCAUGCAGGGCAACAUCGCGCGCUUCUCCGCGAGAGCGUCGGUUUUGGACUUCACGGACCUCGGAAGCUCGUUGUCGCUGCGCAACUACCUCCGGGUGGGAAGUGCCAUUUCCGUGAUCAGCUGCGCGAGACUGUCCGCGACCAUGAGUGUGUCCGACUUCCUCACGCUGGGAUCGUCACUCUCCCUGCGUCAAUUCCUCCGCGUGGGAAGCGCGUUGUCGGUUGCGUACAGCGUCGACAUCUGUCAGAACUUGUCGGUGCUCAGCUUCGUCCAUUUCGGAAGCGCUUUAUCCGUCCGCCAGUACCUGCGCGCCGGAAGUGCGGUGUCGGUGUUCUCCCGGCUGAGAUUGGGAUCCGUGUUGUCGGUGCUGGACCACACGUGCCUGGGCUCGAGUCUGUCCCUCCGCCAGUACAUGCGGUUCGGCAGCACGGUGUCCGUGAUCGACAAGACGCGGCUCGGCGCGCACCUUUCCGUGCUGGACUUUUUGCAACUGGGAUCCAGUGUCUCGUUAAGGAACUUCCUGAAGCUCAGCUCGGCACUGUCGAUCACCGAGCAGACUCGUCUCGGCCAGUGCCUGUCCACUCUGGACUUCGCGAACUUCGGAAGUUCCGUGUCUCUCCGGUCGUACCUGCGCUUGGGAAGCACAUUAUCCGCGCACGGACAGGUCCGCAUGUCGGACGGCUGCAGCAUCAUCGGGCAGGUUGACCUCGGAUCGACCUUAUCCGUCCGGUCCUACACCCGCCUUGGUUCCGCUUUGUCCGUGUUCGGCGACUUGCGCACGGGCGAGCGCUGCUCGGUGUUGAGCUUCCUGCUUCUGGGAAGUUCUUUAUCCUUGCGCAGUCACAUCCGGCUCGGUAGCUCCGCGUCGUUGUUCGGGCAACUCCGGUGCGGCAGCAACGUGUCGGUGCUGAAGUUUGUGGAACUAGGUUCCAGCAUCAGUCUGCGACACCACACCAGAUUGGGCUCGACUGUGUCGAUUUUCAGCUCGACGAGGUUCGGAUCCACCCUGUCCAUUUUGGACAGCACCAGCUUGGCGUCGACCAUCUCCUUGCGGGGGUGUCUACGUUUAGGAUCUACGAUUAGCGUGUUGGGAACAACCAGGUUCGGCAGCGUGAUGUCCGUCCUGGACAUGCUGUACUGCGGCUCCUCCCUCUCCCUGCGGUCCUACUUCCGAGCGGGAAGCAACUGCAGCGUCUUCAGUCGCCAGCUCGCCGGCAGCUGCCUCUCGGUGCUCGACGCGGCCUUGCUCGGGAGCUCGCUGAGUUGCCGCAGCUUCGGCCGCGCCGGCUCGGCCUGGUCCGUGUACGGACUGGUGCGGUUGGGCAGCCAACUCUCUGUCCUUGAUGCCGUCGCCGUCGGUUCCGCCGUGAGUCUGCGUCACAUGGCGCGCCUGGGCAGCACGAUCUCCGUCUUCGGACGCGUGGACGCGCGGGAUGAAGUCUAUCUGGGGAACGCGCGCGUCGCGAGCGGGCUGUCGAUCCGGUCCUUCGCGCGACUCGGGUCUUCUUUGUCCGUCUUCGGCAUCACGAAACUCGGGUCCGCCAUGUCGAUUUGCGACAUGAGUCUGCUCGGUAGUGCGUUGUCGCUGCGCAGCUUUGUGCGCAUGGGCAGUGCGAUGUCCGUGUUUUCGCAUUUGCGGUGCGGCAGCAGCAUCUCGUUGAUGCAGCAAACCUGCAUGGGCAGCAUGUUCUCGCUGCGCAACGUGGCGCGGUUCGGCUCCAGCUUCUCCGUCUUCUCGAGGCAGAUUUUGGGGAGUCAACUGUCCGUGUUGGAUAGCGUGUACUGCGGAUCCGCGUUGAGCGUUCGUUCCUUCGUGCGGUUCGGAAGCUCGGUGUCCGUGUUCGGCAUCUCCCGGCUCGGAAGCGCAAUUAGCGUGCUGGACUUCGUCACGCUCGGAUCCAGCUUCAGCAUCCGCAGCUUCACGCGCCUGGGGUCCGCGAUCAGCAUCUUCGGCACGUACCGCGCGGGCAGCACGCUGUCCGUGCUGCAGCACAACGCACUGGGGAGCUCACUCUCCUUGCGGUCGUACAGCCGCCUGGGCUCCAGCCUGUCGGUGUUCGGCCUCACCCGGUUCGGGUCCAGCAUGUCCAUUCUGGACGUGCUCAACAUGGGUUCCAGCCUGAGCUGCCGCGCGUGCAUGAAGAUUGGUUCCACCCUGUCCAUUUACAACUGGAUGCGGUCGCAGACGACGGUGAGCAUCCUGGACUUCUUCGAACUCGGCAGCACCGUGUCCGUCCGGAGUCUGUUGAAGCUGGGCAGCACGCUGUCCGUGUACGGUAUGGCGAGAAUCGGCUCGGCGCUUUCCGUCUUGGAUUACGUGCACUUCGGAUCCACACUGUCGAUGCGCGGGUUCACCCGGUUCGGUUCCACCGUCAGCGUGUUCGGCGUUUCGAACCUCGGAUCGUCCCUCUCCGCGCUGGAUUUCUUUAUGAUGGGAAGCUCGCUGUCCACUCGGUCCUUCUCGCGGUUCGGCAGUGCGCUCAGCACGUACGGCCUCGCGCGGUUCGGCAGCGGGGUGAGCAUCCUGGAUUUCCUCACGCUCGGCAGCAGUUACUCGCUGCGCUCCAUGGCGCGGUUCGGCAGCAGCAUCAGCGUGUUCGGCAUCGUCCGCUUGGGCAGUUCCGCGUCGUUCCUGGACUUCGCCAACUUCGGAUCCACGAUGUCGCUGCGCAACUUUGUGCGGUUCGGCUCCAGCAUCUCCGUGUUGCACAGCCUGCGCAUGGGUUCCUGUCUGUCGAUUUUGGAUCAAGUUUCCGUCGGCAGCGCUUUGUCCUUCCGGUCGUUCGCAAGGUUUGGCAGCUCUUUAUCCAUAUACGGGAUGAAGCUACUCGGGUCCGGAAUGUCUGUGCUCGACGUUUUGCAAAUGGGGUCCACGAUGAGCGUGCGCAGCUUCUCGCGCAUGGGGAGCGCACACAGCAUCUACGGGUUCGCCCACCUCGGGUCGACGCUGUCCGUGUUGGACUUCAUCACGGUGGGAUCUGCGCUCACCUUGCGGUCCUUCUCCCGGCUGGGGAGUUCUGUCUCCGUGUUUGGCAUCGGAUACAUGGCGAGCUGCGCGUCGAUUCUGGACAUGCUCGUGCUCGGCAGCUCGAUGUCCACCCGCAGCUUCGCCCGGCUCGGGUCCAGCAUGUCCCUGUUUGGCGUGGCCCGGUUCGGCAGCGCGUUGUCGGUGCUGGACUUCGUCACGUUCGGCAGCAUGGUGAGUCUGCGCUCGUUUGCGCGCGUCGGCAGUGCGAUCUCCGUCUACGGCAUCAGUCGGUUCGGCAGCACGCUGUCCGUGCUUGACAUCGUCGACUUCGGAUCCUCCAUGUCCCUGCGGCACUACGCACGGUUUGGUUCCAGCAUGUCGGUGUUUUCCCAACUACGGUGCGGGUCGCAGAUGAGUGUUUUGAACACCGUCGCGUUUGGCAGCACACUGUCCCUGCGCGGCUUCGCGCGCGCCGGAAGCGGGUUCUCGAUCUUCUCGAAGGUGACUUUGGGGAGUUGUUUGUCCACCCUGGAUACAACCGAACUCGGUUCCGCCAUGUCGCUGCGCAACGUGGCUCGGUUCGGCUCCUGCUUCUCGCUCUUCUCGCAGGUGCGACUCGGAUCCUGCUUGUCAGUGCUCGACACCACCGCGAUCGGCAGCUGCUACUCCGUCCGCUCGUUCGGUCGGUUGGGCAGCUCGUUGAGUGUGUUCAGCAAGGUGAGAUUGGGGUCGAAUUUAUCCUUUUUGGAUAAGGGCCUCAUCGGCUCUUCCAUGUCCAUUCGCACCUACGCCCGCUUUGGCAGCACCGUCAGCAUCUUCAGCAAGACGCGUGUCGGUCGAUUCGGCACCAGCGUGCUGGACUACCUGCAGCUCGGCAGCACGAUCUCCAUCCGUUCGUUCGCGCGGUCGGGAAGCACGAUGAGCAUCUACGGCAUGUGCAAACUCGGCUCCGCUUUGUCGUGUCUGGACACCGUGGCGCUCGGCUCCACGCUCUCGCUCCGGUCGUACACGCGGCUGGGAUCCAUGAUGAGCAUCUACUCGCGCACGGCCUUCGGGUCCAGCGUGUCCGCGCUGGACUUCACCAACUUCGGCUCGAGCCUUUCCCUCCGGUCGUAUGCGCGGUUCGGCAGCACCGUGUCCGUGUUCAGCCGGUUGCGACAGGGCUCCUGCGUGUCCAUGCUGGAUCAAGCCUUCUUCGGCUCGGUUGUCAGCAUCCGCGGGUUCGCGCGGUUGGGCAGCGGGUACAGCAUCUUCUCCAAGUUCACCAGCGGCAGCUGUUUGAGUGCGUUGAACACCGGGUUCUUCGGGUCCACGAUCUCGAUCCGCGCCUUCUCACGGUUCGGUUCGAUGUUCUCCAUCUUCAGCCGGUCGGCGCUGGGAAGUACUUUGAGUGUACUCGACACCAGCCUUCUCGGCUCCACUCAGUCGAUCCGCAGCUUCAUCCGGCUCGGGAGCAACUUCAGCGUGCUGGCUACCCACUUCGCGGGCUCCCAGGUGUCCGUGCUUGAUUUCUGCAUGCUCGGUAGCACCUUAUCCUCGCGUGCCUUCGCGCGGAUCGGGUCGAGUAUUUCCGUGUACGGGCUCUGGCGGCUGGGCAGCAGCAUGUCGCUGCUGGACCAGGCGGAACUGGGGUCGGCCCUGUCGCUCCGGAACUUUGCGCGCUGCGGGUCCGCGAUCAGCGUCUUCUCGAUGUUGCGGACCGGGUCCUGCUCCUCGAUCUUGGACACCGUGCAGUUCGGGAGCGCGUUUUCCUGCCGGUCCUUCGCCCGCCUGGGCUCGUCCUUCAGUAUGUUCGGCGUGGCGCGCAUCGCCUCCCAGCUGUCCAUGCUGGACUGCGCGUGCUUGGGCAGCAACAUGAGCGUGCGGUCGAUGCUGCGGUGCGGCAGUUCGUUCAGCGUGUACGGGACCACGGUUUUGGGGAGCAACUUCUCCGUGUUGGACUUCUUCACGAUCGGUAGUUCGUUUUCCCUGCGUAGCUACCACCGGUUUGGCAGCAGCUGCAGUCUGUACGGGUUGAACCAGCUCGGCAGUUCCGUUUCCACGCUAGACUUCGUGAACCUCGGAAGCUCUUUCUCGGUGCGGUCCCUGUGCCGGUUCGGGUCCACCGCAUCGAUUUUCGGUGUGGCGCGACUGGGAUCGAGUCUCUCCGUGCUGGACUUCGUGCUGCUGGGCAGCUCGUUCUCCGUCCGGAACUUCUGCCGGUUAGGCUCAGCGCUCUCCGUCUACGACCGCGUGCGCCUGGGAAGCAGUUUGUCUGUGCUCGACUACGCGCUGUGCGGGUCCAGUCUCAGUUUGCGCAACUACGCCCGGGUUAGCAGUGCCAUCUCCAUCUUUGGCUGCAUGCGGGCGGGAAGCACUCUGUCGUUACUGGAUCACGUUUGGCUCGGCAGCUCUCUGUCCGCCCGUUCCUUCGCGCGGUUCGGCAGCACUUUGUCCCUGUACGGUCUGGCGCGGUUGGGAUCCGCGUUCUCCUGUGUAGACACGAUUUCCGUGGGGUCCUCGAUCUCGCUGCGUUCCUACAUCCGGAUGGGCUCCAGCAUGAGUGUGUACGGCACCAUCCGUCUGGGGUCGUUUUUAUCUUGUCUGGACACGGUGAAAGUGGGUUCCGCGUUGUCCACGCGCCACUUCAUCCGCGUCGGGUCCGGUUUGAGUGUGUUCGGCAAAGUGCGUUCCAGCUUCAACCUGUCCGUCGUGGAUGCCACGCAGAUGGGUUCCAUGCUGUCUGUGAGAAGUUUUGUGAAAUUGGGCUCCACUUUAUCCGUGUACGGCAUCUCCCGGUUCGGCUCCGCGUUGUCCGUGCUGGAUGCGACCUUCAUGGGCAGCACCAUGUCCGUCCGCGGCUGGGCCCGCUGGGGGUCGACUUUGUCCCUGUACGGCAUGGGCCGCUUCGGCAGCUCCCUGUCCGUGCUCGACGUGAUCACGGUGGGCAGCAGCUUCAGCCUGCGGUCGUUCGCGAGGAUGGGCAGUUCUCUCUCCCUGUUCGGCGUUGCCCGGCUCGGUUCCGCGCUGUCCGUGCUGGACUUCGUGAACUUCGGUUCCGCGCUGUCCGUGCGGUCGCACGCACGCAUGGGAUCCGCCGUCAGCAUCUACGGCAUCACGCGGUCCGGGUCCACCAUGUCGAUUUUGGAUUACUUCUGCCUCGGCUCGAGCUUCUCCGUCCGGGGAUUCUCGCGCCUCGGCAGCAGCCUGUCGGUGUUUGGCGUUAGCAGACUCGGCAGUUCCUUCUCCGUGCUGGACAGCAUCAAUCUCGGGUCCUCCAUCUCCGUCCGAAAUUUGGUGCGCAUGGGCUCUAGUUUAUCGGUCUUCGGGGUGGCGCACAUCGGCUCCGCGAUGAGCGUGCUGGACUUCGCCUCCAUGGGGUCGUCGUUCUCCGUGCGCAGCUUCUUCCGCAUCGGCAGCGCGCUGUCGAUCUACGGCUUCGCGUCGCUCGGAAGCACGCUGUCACUGUUGGACUGCUCGCACUUUGGCUCCGCCAUGUCGGUGCGCAGCUUUGUGCGCCUCGGGUCUGCUCUCUCCGUGUACGGCUUCUCGAAGUUGGGGAGCUCGCUCUCCGUGCUGGAUUUCGUCAACUUCGCAAGCAGCUUCAGUGUGCGGUCCUUCCAGCGGCUGGGCAGCACCGUGUCGGUGUACGGCAUCACGGCCUUCGGCAGUUCGCUGUCGAUUCUGGACACGAUCUCCAUCGGCAGUUCGUUCUCGAUGCGGACCUUCGCGCGGUUCGGCAGCUCGCUCUCGAUGUACGGUAUGGUGCGACUGGGGUCCAGCAGCUCCGUGCUGGAUUACGUGACGAUUGCGUCGGCCGUGUCCAUUCGCACGUUUGCGCGCAUGGGUUCCAGCAUCAGUAUGUACAGCCGCGUGCGGGCCGGUAGCUGCCUGUCUAUCCUGGACGCCGUGCAGAUGGCCAGCACCAUGUCGGUGCGCGCCAUGUUCCGUCUCGGCUCCAGCUGGAGCAGCUUCGGGCAGGUCCGAAUCGGUUCCUGCAUGUCCGUUGCGGACUACGCCUGCACGGGCAGCGCCAUCUCCCUGCGCGCGUUCGCUCGGUUCGGUAGCACCCUGAGUAUCUUCUCGCAAUUGAAGUUCGGCGGGCAGAUGUCUGUCCUGGACGCCGCUUGGCAUAGUAGUGGUGUGUCACUGCGUGCGUUCGCACGCAUGGGCAGUGCCAUCUCUGUGUACAGCAAGGUGCAACUGGGUGCGGAGUGCUCGCUGCUUGGAAUGUGCCACAUCGGAAGCUCCAUGUCCCUGCGUGCCUCGGCCCGGUCCGGCGGCCAGGUGUCGAUCUUCAGCUUCGUGCAGCUGGGCUCCGCUCUGUCUCUGCGAAGUGUCGGGCGGGCCGGAAGUUCGGCGAGCGUGUUCGGCCGCGUGCUGAUGGGCAGUCAGCUCUCCAUCUUAGACGCCGUCCUGUUCGGCUCCUCGCUGUCCAUCCGGUUCUACGCGCGAAUCGGCUCGAGCAUGUCGGUCAUGGCCACCUCGCGAUUCGGCAGUUCGCUCUCGGUGCUGGGACAAGUCGGCAUCGGCAGUUCGCUGUCCCUCCGACAGUACGCCCGGUGCGGCUCCGCCUUCUCCGUGUACAGCAAGGUGCUGCAAGGAAGCAGCCUGUCCGUGCUCGAUUCCAUGAUGCUGGGCAGCGCGGUGUCUUGCCGUACGUACGCCAAGUUCGGGUCUGCGGUCUCGAUCUUCGGACGCGUCGCCGUGGGCAGUUCGUUCUCGAUCCUGGACUUGAGUAACUUUGGUUCCGGAUUGUCUCUGCGCUCGUACGCUCGGUUGGGAUCCGCGAUCUCGGUGUACAGCCGGUCCAUGCUCGGCUCCUGCAUGUCCCUGUUGAACUUUGCUGCCUUCGGUUCCACGGUGUCCGUCCGUAGCUUUCUGCGGUUCGGGUCCGUGGUCAGUUGCUUCAACACGAUCCGGUGCGGUUCCAACUUGUCGCUGCUGGAUUGCUCGAGCUUCGGCUCUUCUCUCUCCAUCCGCGCGUUCACGCGGGCAAGCGGCAGCAUGAGCGUGUUCGACUACGUGUUCAUCGGGUCCGCAACCUCGCUGCGGUCCACGGCGCGCAUGGGAAGCCAGUUGUCCGUCUACAACGCUUUCCGCAGCGGGAGCAGUUUAUCUUUACUCAACUUCGCCACGCUCGGGUCGUCGCUUUCGUGCCGUAACACGGGCCGGCUGAACGGCGGUUGCUCCGUGUUCAACUUCUUCCACUGCGGUUCGUCCCUGUCCGUGCGCGCGGCGACGCGGUUCGGAUCGGUGAUCUCAGUGUUCAACAAGGUGAAGAUCGGCGCGGACGGCUUCGCCUCCGUCAUGAACGUGGCGAACGUGGGUUCUGCUCUCUCCCUUCGCGGCUUCUGCCGCAUGGGCAGCUCGUUCUCGGUCUACUCGCGCAUCGCGCUGGGCAGCACGCUCUCCGCGUUGUCCUUCGUGGCCCCGGGAAGCAGCUUCUCGCUGCGUGCGAUGGCCCGGCUGGGAUCCAGCUUCUCGAUCUUCAGCCAGGCGCGGUUCGGCUGCCAGUUCUCCGUGCUGGACGCCAUCACGCACGGGUCCUCGUGCUCGAUGCGCAACUUCCAGCGGCUCGGAUCGAAUUUGUCCGUGUUCUCGAAGGUGACCAUGGGUUCCACGCUGUCGGUGUUGAACUUCAUCCACUUCGGCAGUUCCGUCUCGAUGCGGUCCUUUGCGCGGUACGGGAGCGCCAUCUCGGUGCUGGACUGCGCCACGAUUGGCAGCAGCAUCUCGCUGAGGAAUUUCAUCCGCAUCGGGUCCUCCAUGUCCGUCUUCAGCAACGCGCGGUUCGGCAGCUCUUUGUCCGUGAUGCAGAGCAACUUGCUCGGGAGCAGCAUGUCCCUGCGUAGCUACCAACGCGUGGGGUCCGCUCUUUCCGUGUUCUCGCAAGUGCGCGUCGGCAGCACCAUCUCGCUGAUCGACGCCGAGAGCGUGGGUUCGUCCCUGUCGCUGCGGUCCUUCGUGCGGCUGGGCAGCGGAUUCUCCAUCGUGUCUCGAACGAAGUUCGGUGCCAGUGCGUCCGUGUUGGACUAUCUCUCCCUCGGCUCCACUCUGUCGCUGCGAAGUUACGUGCGGUGCGGGUCCGCGGCCUCGGUCAUGUCCUGGGUGCGGUUGGGGAGUUCUUUAUCCCAGCUGGACUUCUUGAGUACCGGUUCCACCAUUUCGCUGCGGCAGUACGCCAGACUUGGCUCCGCGUGCUCGGUCUUUUCCAAAGUGAGGCUGGGUUCUGCGCUGUCCGUCAUGGAGCACAUCGUGAUUGGCAGUGCGUUGAGUCUGCGCCAGGCCGUGCGCUUCGGCUCAUCCCUUUCCGUGCUGUCGAGCUUGACGUGCGGGGCGGCGAUGUCCGUGAUGGAAUCCCAGAACUUGGGUAGCACUUUGUCGAUGCGUGGUUUGGUGCGCACGGGCAUGGACAUUUCCGUGAUCGACUACACCCACUUGGGCUCGUCGAUCUCGGUGCGCAGCUACAUUCGACUCGGCUCGGGCGUCAGCGUCAUGUCGCAAACCCGGUUCGGCAGCUGCCUGUCCGUCUGCGACCUGACCUUUUUAUCCUCCACCUUGUCGAUGCGUUCCUACCUGCGGCUGGGCUCCUCCAUCUCCGUGUUCGGCGCAACGAGGUUAGGUUCGUCUCUGUCCAUGAUUGACACUUUGACCACGGGCUCCAGCUGCUCGCUCCGCGGGGCCAUGAAGUUGGGUUCCACGUGCUCGGUGCUGAAGCAGGUCCGACUCGGAGACACCUUCUCCGUGCUGCACUUUGUGAACUUAGCUUCUUCGCUCUCCGUCCGCAGCAUGAUGCGGUUCGGCAGCGGCGCGUCCGUGCUCGACUACAUGCAAAUCGGGUCGUCUUUGUCCCUGCGCGGCGCGAUCCGGUACGGGUCGGGUAUCUCCGUGUACCAGAGGAUUAAUCUGGGCAGCAGCAUGUCCUUGCUGGACAACGCGGCGUUUGGGUCUUCCCUCUCCGUCCGGUCGCACGCCCGCUUCGGGUCGCAGAUGUCGAUCAUGAACUUCACUCAAUUAGGUAGUUCGAUCUCGUUGCGGCAGUUCAUCCGGUUUGGCAGUUCCGUGUCCGUGAUCUCGCAACUGCGGUGCGGUUCGGCGACUUCCGUGUUGAACUUCUUCUCGUGCUCCUCUUCACUGUCUGUGCGGAGCUGCGCGCGCUUCGGUGACGCGACGUCCAUCCUGCAGUUCGCAGCGCUUGGUAGCUCCUUGUCCGUAAGGUCGUAUUUACGCCUCGCCUCCAACCUGUCGGUGUUCAACCAGUGCCGCCUGGCCAGCUGCUUCUCGGUGCUGGAUUCGACCAACGUUGGCAGCAGCGUGUCGCUCCGCGCGAUGAUUCGCCUGGGCUCCGCCAUGUCGGUGUUCCGUGGCGCGCGGCUGGGGGCGUGCGCGUCCGUGAUUGACUUCUUCCACCUCGGGUCGGCGACCUCGCUGCGGAACUUCUUCCGCUGCGGUUCCAACCUGUCCGUCGUGGACUUCGUCGCGCUCGGGUCGAGUCUCUCUCUCCGUUCGCACGGUCGGUUCGGGAACCAAAUGAGCUUCCUCGACUUCGUCGCGCUCGGCUCCUCCCUGUCCGUCCGCAGUUAUGUGCGGUUUGGUAGCAACGUGUCCGUGUUCUCGAAGUUGACGCUGGGAAGCAACGCGUCCGUGUUGAACACCAUCCAGAUGGGAUCGGCAUUCUCCAUUCGCGCCUUCCAGCGGUUCGGCAGCAACCUCAGCAUCUUCUCGCAGACGACUUUGGGGAGCAGCUUCUCGUUGCUGGACUUCUUCGAGCUCGGCUCGACCAUCUCGGUCCGGAACAUCGCCCGCUUCGGUAGCGGCUACUCCGUGUACGGCCAGGUGAAGUGCGGCUCGAGCGUUUCUUUGUUGGACUUCAGCACCUACGGCAGCUCGGUGUCGAUCCGCGGCACCUUCCGGCUCGGCAGCGCGAUCUCCAUCUUCGGCCGCAUGGUGGCGGGCUCCAGUUUGUCCACGUUGAAUUGGACCUGCUUCGGGUCGUCGUUGAGCGUCCGGCACCACACCAAGUGCGGACGCAGCUGCAGUGUGAUUGACUUCAUGAACAUGGGAUCCACGCUGUCUCUCCGCGCCACGGCCCGGUUCGGCAGCAACAUGAGCAUCUACGGCGGCCGCGUUCUUUUGGGAAGUUCGGUGUCCGUGUUGAAGUUCAUGACCUUCGGAAGUUCCGUCUCAUUACGUGCCUGCAUGCGGUUCGGAGACCACGCGUCGAUCUUGGAUUUUGCGCAGUUCGGUAGUUCGAUCUCGACUCGGUCGUUCAUCCGUUUCGGGUCGACCUUGUCCGCCUUCAACUGCGUCCGGCUGGGUUCCACCGUGAGUUCCUUCCAGGUCGCUCUGCUCGGAUCUGCGAUGUCGAUUCGUAGCUACAUGCGGUUUGGGUCCACGGUUUCGACCUUCUCCCAGGUCCGAUGCGGUUCCAAUCUGUCGUGCUUGGACCAGCUGCACCUCGGGUCCGUCCUUUCCGUGCGCUCGCACAUCCGGGCUGGAAGUUCGUUCUCGAUCUUCUCGCGUGCGGUGUUCGGGUCCAGUAUGUCCAUUCUGGAGGCGUGCACGUUUGGGUCCUCGAUCUCGCUGCGCGGGGUGGGCCGCUUCGGAAGCACCUUGUCCCUGCUGUGCGCGGCGCGCUUCGGGGGCGCGCUUUCUGUCCUGGAUGCUGUGACACUUGGUUCCACCUUGUCCGUGCGCGGACGCGCGAAGUUCGGUUCGACGCUUUCCAUCUUUGGACAGAUCCGCCUGGGUUCCGAACUUUCCGUCGUCGGUGCGCUGACGUUAGGGAGCAGUCUCUCCAUCCGUAGCUACGUCAAAUUUGGGUCGUCCGCGUCCAUCUUUGGCCGGAUGUGCAUGGGAUCUUUGCUCUCCGUCUGCGACGCGGCGGUAUUCGGUUCCAGUCUGUCCGUCCGGCAGUUCCAGCGGUCGGGCUCCGCGGUGUCCGUGUUCAACCGGGUUAUCCUCGGCUCGAACUUAUCCGCGUUGAACUUCAUGAAUUUAGGGAGCAGUCUGUCAGUCAGGUCCUACACGAAGUUUGGAAGCAACCUGUCCGUCUUCGACUUCGUGGCGCUCGGUUCGACCACGUCGAUCCGUAGCUUCGUCAUGAUGGGCUCGAACUUGUCCGUGUUCUCGCGGUUCCGCGUUGGUAGUUCGCUGUCGACACUAGACUCCGUGUACCUUGGGUCUAUGCUCUCGAUGCGCGGGUUCGUCCGCGCGGGCAGUCGCAUGUCCCUGUUCGGCGUGACCCGGUGCGGAUCCACGGUCAGUUCCUUCAACAGCGUUUGCCUCGGGUCGAUGCUCUCGAUCCGCGCGCAGGUUCGCAUGGGCUCCUCGUGGUCGAUCUUCAGCCAGUGCCGCUUCGGCAGCACGAUCUCCGUGCUGAAGUUCGCCAGUCUAGCGUCCACGGUCUCUUUGCGUACCAUCAUGAAGGUGGGCAGUGCCUGCAGCGUGUUCAGCUACGGAAGGUUCGGAUCUUCCCUGUCCAUUCUGCAGCACGUCACGUUCGGAAGUUCGUUGUCCCUGCGCGCCGUGAAGCGGUUGGGCAGUUCGUUCAGUACCUACGGCGAGAUGCGAUUCGGGUCUUGCAUCUCCGUUCUGGACGCCACCCGCCUCGGAUCCACACUCUCCGUGCGCGCCUUCGUGCGGCUGGGCAGCAACACCUCGAUCUUCAGCCGGGUCACGCUGUCCUCCUCGAUGUCGAUCCUGAAGUUUGUCGAGCUCGGAUCAAGUGUGUCCGUGCGUUCCUUCGUGCGCGCCGGAUCGCUGUUCUCCGUGUUCGACUUCUCUUCCCUCGGUUCGACGCUGUCGAUGCGCGCGGUCGCGCGGCUCGGCAGCACGGCCUCCGUUCUCGGAAAGGUGCAGUGCGGGUUGAAGCUCUCGACAUUGGAUUCCACCACGCUGGGUUCCAGUUUCAGUAUCCGUGCCUACGCCCGGUUCGCGUCGAAGGUGAGUGUGUUGAACUUCGCGACCUUGGGAUCGUCGUUAUCCCUGCGGUCCAUGGCGAGAAUCGGGUCCGUCUGCUCCGUCUUCUCGGCGAGUCGCUACGGAUCGUCCGUGUCUACGGUUGAUUUCCUGACGCUCGGCUCUUCCGUGUCGCUCCGGAACUUCGGCCGCGUCGGGUCCGCGGUCAGUGUGUUCUCGCAGCUGCGCAUGGGGUCCACCAUGUCCACGUUGGAUCACCUGCACUUGGGAAGUUCCUUCUCGUUGCGGUCUAUGGGCAAGAUGGGCCACGCAGUUUCCGUGUUCGACUUUGUGCACCUGGGGUCUAACCUCUCCCUCCGUACGAGCUGCCGGUUCGGAAGCACCUUCUCCGUGUACUCGCAGGCACGCAUGGGCAGUUCAGUGUCGAUUCUGAAGUACGUGGGCCUGGGUUCGUCUUUAUCCCUGCGUACCUUCGGACGCUUCGGGAGCGCCAUGUCGAUUUUGGACUUUGCCAGUUACGGGUCUGCGGUCAGCUGCCGCGGCACCGCACGAUUGGGCUCAGCGUUCUCGGUGUUCUCGAAGGUUCGCUGGGGCUGCCAAGCUUCCGUGUUCGACUACUGCCACAUGGGCUCGUCCUUCAGUAUCCGGUCCUUGGCCGCCAUGGGAAGCAGCAUGUCGGUGUACUCACGAUGCAUCUCUGGAUCCAGCUUGAGUCUGCUCCAGUGGGGCACGCUCGGUUCGGCGCUCUCCAUUCGCGCGACCGCGCGCUUGGGCAGCUCAUUCUCGCUGUUCUCGCAGGUUCGCCUCGGAUCCAGCUGCAGCAUGCUGAUGCAACACCACUUCGGGUCGAGUCUGUCGCUAAGAGGGUACGCCCGACUCGGCUCUGGCACCAGCGUGUUCGGUCGUCUGUCCUGCGGCUCGUCGAUGUCGAUCUUGAACUUCAGCAACCUGGGGUCCAGCAUCAGUCUGCGUGCCAUGGGCGCCUGCGGCUCGGUGAUGUCCGUGUUCAACCGCGUCAAGUUCGGCAUGAGUCUGUCCACCCUGGAUUGCGUCCAUCUCGGCUCCAGCGUCAGUUUGCGGUCGUUCGCGCGGUUCGGCUCCGCGUUGUCCGCUUUGGACUUCGUCAUGCUGGGCUCGUCGUUCUCCCUGCGUGGCUCCGGACGCUUUGGCUCCGCGGUCUCGGUGUGGGGUCUGUCCCGGGUCGGCGGCCAACUGUCCGUGUACGACUCGCAGGCCUUCGGAAGUUCGUUAUCCUUGCGCGCGUACGCGCGGCUCGGCAGCGCGAUCUCGAUCUACAACAAGAUCUCGUUCGGCUCCAACCUGUCUGUCCUGGACUACAGCAACCUGGGCAGUUCCAUCAGCGUGCGGUCGUUCGUGCGCGUCGGCGGCGAGUGCUCCAUGUUCGACUACCUGCACAUCGGCAGCGUCUUGUCCCUGCGUGCCACCGCCCGGAUGGGCAGCUCGCUGUCCGUCUUCUCGCAGUGCCGGUUCGGAUCCAGCUUAUCCUUACUCGGCUGGGCCCAUCUCGGCUCGGCGGUUUCGCUGCGCGGCACCACCCGCAUGGGCUCGCGCAUGUCGAUCUACGGAAAAACCACGUUCGGCUCCAGCUGCUCAGUCUUGGCGGUCACCAACUUUGGUUCCUCCAUGUCGGUGCGAGCCUUCGGCAGUCUCGGGUCGCGCAUGAGCGUGUUCGACUUCUUCAACCUCGGGUCUGCGGUGAGCAUGCGUUCAGUCGCACGGUACGGCUCCCAGCUCUCGGUGUUCGACCAGAUUCGCUUCGGAUCCUCGCUCUCGACGCUGGAUGCCGUGUCGCUCGGCAGCAGUCUCUCCAUCCGCAGCUUCAUGCGGUUCGGAAACCAGUAUUCCAUCCUGGACUCCGUGUCGCUGGGUAGCGGGCUUUCGAUGCGAGCCGUCGCGCGCUGUGGUUCGGGCGUGUCGAUCGCGUCGCGGACCCGCGCGGGCUUCAAGUUCAGCGCGUUGGAUCAGGUGGCGCUCGGCAGUUCCCUGUCCAUCCGUUCCUUCGUGCAGUUCGGCUGCCGCACGUCGAUCAUCGACUUCGCCUGCUUCGGCAGUGCCCUGUCGGUGCGCAACUACGUGCGCGUGGGUAGCGCAUUUUCCGUUCUGGCGUCCACGCGACUGGGCUCCGACCUCAGCGUCAUGGAGCACGUGGAAUGCGGUUCUGCGGUGAGCUUACGCAGCACCUCUCGGUUCGGGAGCGCGGUCUCGGUUUUGAGCUUCUCGAUGGUGGGAUCCAGCUUGUCCGUGCGCGAAUUCUUCCGCGUGGGGUCUAGUUGCUCCGUCUUCAACGCGGUACGGUUGGGUGACUCUUUGUCAGUCCUCGCCGAACUGGACCUCGGAAGCAGUCUCUCCGUGCGGCAGUACACGCGGUGCGGCAGCUGCAUCUCCGUUUUGAACUUCUGCACAGUGGGUUCAGUUUUGUCCCUCCGUCAGUUCAUGCGCGUGGGUUCCGGCGUGUCCGUUCGCGGGCGCACGCGCGUGUCGCGGGAAGUCUCGAUUUUGAGUCGCAUCCACCUCAGUUCGUCGCUAUCUAUCCGCGCCUUCAUCCGGUGUGGCAGCUCGAUCUCGACCUACAAUUUUGCGCACUUCGGCUCCGCGAUCUCGCUCCGCAGCGUCGGAAGGAUGGGCUCGAACUGCAGCGUUUUCAGCAAGAUGUUCCUCGGAAGCGGUCUGUCUGUAUUGGAUUACUGCAGCCUGGGGUCCACCUUGAGUAUCAGACAAACAGUCAGCUUCGGGUCGCGCAUGUCGAUCUACGACUUCAUGAACCUCGGCAGCUCUUUGUCCUUGCGCAACGCGGCGCGCCUCGGGAGCAACAUCAGUGUGCUGUCCCGCAUCACCUGCGGAAGCACUUUAUCCAUCCUGAACUGGGCAUCCGCCGGGAGUAGUUUGUCGUUGCGUCACGUCGCCCGGCUCGGCAGCUCCAUUUCCGUCACCGCGGGCAAGGUGUACCUGCAGCCGAAGAUGAGCUUGUUGGAGUCUAUCAACUUGGGCAGCAGCCUCUCCGUCCGCGGAAACUGGGUGCGGUUGGCGGGUAACUUGAGUGUGCUCGACUACGUGCAGUGCGGCUCGGCGCUCAGCCUGCGCGCCGCUACCCGUCUGGGAUCCACCAUGUCGGCGAACGCUAGAACCGUCUUCGGUCACACGCUGUCCACCUUGGAUCAAGCGAACUUCGGAAGUUGUCUGUCGCUCCGCGCCUUCACUCGCCUGGGCUCCGCACUCUCCGUGGUUUCGAAGACGAAUUUAUGUAUGAGCUACUCCGUGCUGGACAAAGUCAGCCUCGGGUCGUCCAUCUCCGUGAGGUCGCAGGCGCGGUUGGGCAGCAUCUGUUCGUGCUUCAACUUCGCGUCCUUCGGUUCCGCGUUGAGCGUGCGCGAGUUUGCUCGUCUCGGCUCGCGGGUUUCCGUCGUGAAGAAAGCGCAGCUGGGCUGGACGCUGUCCGCUCUGAACAACGUCCACUUGGGUUCCAGCAUGUCGCUCCGCAGUGUGGUCCGCACCGGUGACUCGAUUUCGGUGUUGACCACCUCGCAGUUCGGCUCUUCGAUGUCUCUGCGCGCGUUUGCGCGACUUGGAAGCUCGUUAUCCAUCUGCGGUCCUCAGGGACGCCUGCACGGACAGCUCUCGGUCCUGGACCAGGUGCUGCUCGGGUCGUCUUUAUCCGUCCGGUCCACCGUGAGGCUUGGAUCGGGACUCUCCACGCUCGCGUUCUCGCACUGCGGCUCGUCGCUUUCCAUGCGCGCGUACGCCAGGAUUGGUUCCGCCAUGAGCUUGAACCAGUGCGCACGGUUAGGUGCCAGCAUGUCGGUAUUGGAUCAGCUGCAACUGGGCUCUACCUUUAGUCUGCGCAGCUGCGGCCGUUCGGGAUCCGCCAUGUCCGUGCUGAACUACGUCACGCUUGGGUCCGCUUUAUCGAUGCGGUCCUUCGCGCGUUGUGGAAGUGCGUUCAGCCUGCACGCACCGAGCGCGACUUCGAAGAUGGCGGGCUCGUGCUCUUUAUUGAACUUCGCAAGUUUGUCGAGCAGCGUGUCCUUGCGCAACAUGGCGCGGUGCGGCGGACAGUGCAGCGUGUUGAACUGCGCCAACUUGGGAUCCAGUCUCUCGCUGCGAACAAGCGCCAGGUUAGGUUCCACGCUGUCCGCGCUGGACUUCUUCCUGUUGGGAAGCACGGUGUCCAUCCGCACGACCGCGAGACUAGGGUCUUCCAUGUCCCUGUUCGGCAAGAUUCGCACGGGCUCGACUUUGUCCAUGCUAGAUCGGGCGUGCUGCGGCAGUUCUCUGUCGUUGCGGAACUUCGUGCGGAUCGGGAGCAGUUUGUCGCUGAGCGGAAAACACGUGCGCAUCUCCUCGCAGGUUUCCGUGCUGGACCAGGCGGAAUUCGCUUCGUCGCUGUCGUUGCGCAGCUUCUGCAAGAUCGGCAGUUCCUUGUCGAUUGGGGAGUACUUGACCGUUGGCUCUUCCCUUUCCCUCCGCUGCUUCGCUCGCGUUGGUUCCAGCCUCUCCGUUGGUGCCGGCUUCGCGCGAAUCAGUGGAGCGUUGUCCAUCAUGAACGCGGUCCACCUGGCGUCGACGCUCUCGAUGCGCUCGCACUUGAGAAGUCAGGGCAGCAUCUCCACGCUGGACUUCGCGACUUUGUCUAGCAGCAUGUCUCUCCGGACCCACGCGCGGUUUGGCGCCAACGUGUCUGUCGUGGACUUUGUGCAGAUCGGCUCCAGUCUGUCCCUGCGCAACUUCUGCCGCAUCGGGUCGUCUUUGUCUGCGGCCGGGAACAUGCAGUGUGGCGGCACUAUGAGUGUGCUCUACCAGAUGGAGGUGGGAAGCAGUUUAUCCCUUAGAUCCCUGGCCCGCAUGAGCGGACGUGCGAGCGUUUUGGAUUACUUGAACCUCGGUUCCUCCUGCUCGCUGCGCACCACCGCCCGGUUCGGCAGCCAACUGUCCGUGCUGGAUUACCUGAACGUCGGAUCCUCGCUAUCCUUGCGGUCGUACCUGCGCGUCAGCAGCUCUUUCAGCAUCCUGGGCGACGCCAAAGUCGGCAUUUCCUGCAGUGUCAUGGACUACUGCGCGCUCGCGAGCUCCUGCUCGCUGCGUGCCUACUCGCGGCUAGGUGCGGAGAUCUCCGUGCUGUCCUUCGGAUUCAUGGGCUCCAGCUUGUCCAUCCGCAGCUUCGCGCGGUUAGGCAGCUCGAUCUCCUUGGGCCCCGAUGCGUCGGCGCGCCUCGGCACGCAAGCCAGCGUGUUUGGGGAACUGGACGUCGGGUCGUCGCUCAGCAUCCGGGCGUUGUCUCGCAUGGGUUCUCGCUGCAGUGUACUGGACUUCUGCACCAUGGCGUCCAGUGUCUCGCUGAGGCAGUUCAUCCGCAUCGGCUCCAGCAUCUCGAUGUACGGUGCCAUGCGGUGCGGGUCCGGUUGCAGUUUGUUGCACACCGCGCAGGUCGGCAGCAGUUACAGCAUCCGGAACUUCUUGCGCGUUGGGUCCUCCGUCUCCUGCCUGAGCAGCGUGCGUGCGGGCGGCUCGCUGUCCCUGCUCAGCUUCGUCGGCAUGAGUUCCGCGUUAUCUAUUCGCGCAUUCUCGCGGUUCGGAACGGAAAUGUCCGUUUUGGACUCUAUCAGCCUCGGAUCCGGCAUCUCGCUGCGCACCUUCCUGCGUGCCGGCAGUGCCUGCUCGAUCGCGCAGCGCCUGCGUGCAGGAGCGGAAAUGAGCGUCCUGGACUUCUUCCAACUGGGUUCCACCUUCUCUUGUCGCGCCAUCGCGUCGUUCGGCUCCUCGAUGUCGCUGUUUGGCCGCGUCAGGAUGGGAAGCAGUUUGAGCGCAUUGGGCUUGGCUAGCAUGGCCAGCUCCCUCUCUCUCCGAGGGUAUGCCCGUAUGGGCAGCUGCCUCUCCGUGUUCUCCCACAUGGACGGAGGCGGCGCUUUGUCCAUUCUGAACUGCGCACAGUUUGGCAGCUCCAUGUCGCUGCGUGCGUACACACGUCUCGGAUCCGGACUGUCCCUGUUCUCCAACUCGCAACUCGGCGGCUCGCUGUCUGCGCUGGAGGCCACGGCGAUCGGUUCCAGUUUGUCGCUGCGUUCCUUCGCCCGAUUUGGCUCGACCGUCUCCUUCUUCGGAUGGUGCCGGCUGUCGAACCAGAUGUCCGCCCUCGCGGCGGUGACGGUCGGAAGCUCAAUGUCGCUGCGCAGCUACGCGCGCAUCGGCAGCUCCUUCUCCAUCAAGUCGCGGGUGCGCUCCGGCUUGGGCGGGCUGUCGAUGAUGGACUUCAUGGUCUUGGGUUCAGCCAUCUCGGUCCGCGGGCUCGCUCGACUGGGAUCCGCGUUGUCCGUCAAGGGCCAGAUCCGGUUUGGCGACGAGUUCUCACUGAAAGAGUUCUUCAACCUGAGCAGCGCCUUGAGUCUUCGCGGGUUCAUGCGGAUGGGAAGCUCGUUGUCGACCUUCUCGUGCGGUCGGUUCGGCAGUUCGCUGUCUGUCCUAGCCCACGUGGCGCUCGGGAGCUCGCUCUCUAUCCGUGCGUACUGCCGGGUCGGCAGCUCGAUGAGCUUCUUCGGACACUCGCGGUGCGGUUGCAGCAUUUCUCUCCUCGACGCGGGUCAGGUCGGAUCGGGAUUGUCGAUCCGCACGCUUUCCAGAUUCGGUUCGCAGUGCUCGAUGUUCGACUUUUUGAAUGCCGGGAGCACUUUGUCCGUGCGCGCUGUCUCCCGCCUGGGUUCCGGGCUCUCCGCGUUCUCGAGUCUACGCCUCGGUUCGUGCAUGUCGGCGUUGAACUUUGCCUCGCUCGGCUCCAGCAUCUCCGUGCGCAGCUUCACGCGCAUUGGAUCGGCUCUGUCCGUUACGGGAAGUGUGAUGUUGGGCUCGGUGCAGUUCAUGUCCGUCGUGGGCAUGGCAGCCAUGGGCUCCGCGUUGUCGAUUCGCGGCAUGUCCCGGUUCGGGUCCACGACCUCCGUGUUCGACGUUUUGUCCCUCGGCUCCGCGUUGUCCGUGCGUGGGUUCGUCCGUAUGGGCUCCACGAUCAGCGUCGGGUCCAAGGCGAACUUGCACGACGUGACCGUGUCGCAGUACCUAACCGUGGCCAACUACGCCAGACUCGGACAGCGUCUCUCCGUGUUCGACCACUUAUCUCUCGGAUCCUCCAUCUCCAUGCGGCAAUACGGAAAACUGUCCGGCGCGUUGAGUGUGCUUGACUACGUCAGCUACGGUUCGUCGUUCUCGAUGCGGGCGUUCGCGCGCAUGGGCAGCAGUUUAUCUCUUGCCGGUGCGAUGGCGGUGCUGCAGAGUCCGCUCUCGAUUCUGCAACAGGUGUCGCUCGGAAGCAGCCUGUCGGUUCGAGGGUUUGUUCGGUUCGGCUCGAAGUUCUCCGUGCUGGAUGCUAUCAACCUGGGUUCCGCGCUUUCUCUCCGCAACUACGCCCGUGUCGGCUCUGGGUGCAGUGUGGCCGGUUUGGCGUUCCUCGGAAGCACGCACAGCAUCUCUGUAUUGGACGCCAUGUCCAUCGGGAGCACCUUGAGUUUGCGCAGCUUCGCGCGGUUCGGCGGCUCGAUGUCGGUUUUGGACUACGUGACCAUGGGCUCCGCUCUCUCCUUGCGUGGGGCGGCAAGACUGGGCAGCUCGUUGAGCGCCUUCGGUGGCGGCUUCGCGCGUAUCGGAUGCAGCGUCUCCGUCGCGGACUACUUCUCCUUGGGGUCCAGCUGUUCGCUGCGCGCGUCUGGUCGGUGCGGCUCCGCCCUGUCCAUUCUCGGCUUCGUCAGCAUGGGUUCGGCGCUGUCCGUCCGGCAGUACACGCGGUUUGGCUCGGCGAUUUCCGUCAUGGCGUUGUCCGGUUGCCGCUUCUCGCUGCUCGACCAAACGCACCUGGCCAGCUCGCUGUCUGUGCGCGCUCACGUGCGCAUGGGUAGCCAGAUGAGCGUGCUCGAGUUCUCCAACAUCGGCGGAGCGUUGUCCGUGCGCAGCACGGGUCGCUGCGGGUCCAACCUUUCGGUCCUGGACUUCGCGUCCUUCGGCUCCGGAAUGAGCCUCCGCGCCCGCGCCACCUGCGGCUCCAUGGCGUCCGUGCUGGACUUCGCCAUGUUUGGCUCCAGUCUCUCAAUUCGCCAGUGCGCUCGCUUCGGCAGCGCCUUCAGCGUGCACGGCAAGUUCGCGCUCGGCAGCUGUCUGAAGCUCUCGGUGAUCGGUACGGCAAUGCUGGGAAGCUCGUGCUCGCUCCGGCAGUGCGCGCGGAUCGGGUCCAUGGUCUCCAUCCUCAGCUACGUGCACCUGGGCUCCACGUGCUCUCUCCGUUCAGUCGCUCGCAUCGGGUCCGCCGUGUCCUCCUUCGGCAGCGCGCGGAUUGCGGCCAGCCUGUCGGUUUUGAGUCAAGUUUCCUUCGGUUCGGCGCUUUCCGUGCGCGGAAUGUCUCGCUGCGGCAGCUCGAUGUCCGUGGUGGACUUCCUGAACCUGGGCAGCGCGCUCUCCCUUCGCACGUACGCGCGUAUCGGAAGCGGGUUGAGCGUGCACGGCCUGUUCAAGGUCGGCAGCGCGCUUGCGAUUUCCGUGAUCGACUUUGCGCACUGCGGAAGCUCGGUCAGCUUGCGCUCGUACUCGAACCUCGGCUCUUCUUGCAGCGUCCUCGACAUGGCCUCCCUUGGCUCGGCGGUGUCGGUCCGCGCGUUUAUUCGGUUCGGCUCGUCGUUCUCCGUCCAGGGAGCGCACGCAAGACUUACCGGCUUGUUCUCCGUGAUGAGCCAAGUACAUUUAGGAUCCGCUUUAUCCAUGCGGUCCUUCGCUCGCGUCGGGUCCGCGGUGUCCGUGUUGGACUACACCAACAUGGGGUCCGCGCUGUCGCUGAGAGCAUACGGGCGACUCGGGUCCUCCCUGUCGCUGACCGCCGGCUUACGAGUGGGCAUGAGCGCCUCCGUGAUGGACUUCAUGCUGCUUGGCAGUUCACUAUCGGUUCGCGGUCUGGGCCGGCUAGGGUCUUCCCUUUCCGUGCUCGAUUUCUUGAACCUCGGCUCCAGCAUCAGUCUGCGCAGCAUGGCCCGGCUCGGAAGCUACCUGUCGGUGCACGGCGACGUGGACAUGUUCGGUACCAGUGCGGGUCUCAGCAUCUACCCGCGCGCCAGGUUCGGAACGCAGAUGUCCGUCUUUGACUACCUGCAGUGCGGCAGUUCCAUCUCCAUCCGCAACCAGGCACGGUUAGGUAGCUCGCUCUCCGUGAUGGGUAAGACCUACCUCGGUUCCGUGAACCGCAUGUCGGUGAUCGGCCAGAUGCACCUCGGCAGCAGCUUCUCGCUGCGUUCGUUCGCCAAGUUCGGAAAGAGCUUGAGCAUCCUGGAUUUAGUCACUCUCGGUAGCGCCGUUUCCUUGCGUUCCUUCGCUCGUUGCGGCAGCGCGAUGUCCUCGCUGGACUUUGCCACCUUCGGGUCCGCCGUGUCGGUCCGGAACUUCGUCCGCAUCGGUAGCGCGAUGAGCGUCGCGUGCUCGGCCAGGAUUAGUAGCAUGGUCUCCGUCCUGGAUGCCGUGUCUUGCGGAAGCUCGCUCUCCGUGCGCUCCACUACGAGAUUUGGCGAAAGAUUAUCGGUGCUGGACUUCGUGAACGUCGCGUCCAGUGUGUCGAUCCGGCAAUUCGCAAGAGUCGGGUCCGGUCUCAGCGUGCACGGCCGUACGGCGGUCGGCUCCGUGUACCGGCUGUCGAUCAUCGGCGCCACGCUCGCGGCGAGCACCAUGAGUGUGCGUUCCUUCACGCGCAUGGGCGAGUCUGCGAGCGUGUUGGACUUCUUGAAUCUCGGCAGCUCGCUGUCCACACGCGCCUGCGUCCGGCUGGGCAGCGGCAUGUCGCUGUUCAACAAAAUGCGUGUCGGCGCGGACGCGAGUGUUCUCGGGCAGAUUCACUGCGGUAGCACAGUUUCCCUCCGCGGGUUCACGCGGUUUUCCAAGUCGAUCUCGGUGCUGGACUUCACGACGCUCGCCUCGGGCCUCUCUGUGCGCAACUGGAUUCGUGCGGGCUCGGCGAUGUCUGCCUUCGGGCAGGCCCGGGUGGGCGGCCGCUGCUCCGUGCUGGAGUACCUGAUGCUGGGCAGCUCGCUGAGCGUCCGGUCCUUCGCCAACUUCGGGUCUGCGAUGUCGGUGUUCGAUUUCUUGAACCUCGGAUCCUCGAUCUCGGUGCGCAUGAGCGGUGCGCUGGGCGGGCGACUCUCCGUGACAAACUUCGCGGUCUUCGGUAGCGCGGUGUCUGUCAGAAGUUUCACGCGCAUCGGCGAGCGCCAGUCCGUGCUGGACUUCAUGACCAUCGGGUCCGCCUUGUCGAUCCGCUCCUACAUGCGGUGCGGCUCCGGCGUCUCCGUGCACGGCAUCGCCAAGAUUGGUUCCGCGUUCGCGGUCUCCAUGGUGGACUACCUGCACUUGGGCUCGACCAUCUCCGUCCGCUCGUACGCGCGCGUCGGCAGUCGGAUGUCCAUCUUCGAUUUCCUGAACAUGGGCAGCUCGUUAUCUCUUCGGGCGGCCACGCGAAUCGGCUCCACGUGCAGCAUCGCGGGCGCCUUGUUGAACAGUAUGGCGGGUGCACUGUCGAUUAUGGACUACCUCAGUCUGGGUUCGACUUUAUCGUUGCGUUCCGCAACGCGGGUCGGGUCCGCCACCUCGGUGCUAGCGUUCGUGCACCUCGGGUCCUCGCUGUCGCUCCGGGGGGUUGCCCGUUGCGGAUCUUCCCUUUCAGUUGCGGGCAGCUACGCUCGGAUUGGUAAGGAGCUCUCUGCGCUUGACAGCGUGAACCUCGGGUCCAGCUUCUCGGUGCGCAGCCACGUGCGGUUGGGAAGCAGGAUGAGCUUGUCGGACAUGGUGACUUUAGGCAGCUCGAUUUCCCUGCGAAACUUCGUGCGCGUCGGGUCCGCUUGCUCGGUGCUCGGCUUGACGAAGGUGGGCAGCUGCUUGAACCUCUCCGUCAUCGACCAGUGCGAGAUCGGCAGCUCGGUGUCCGUCCGGCAGUUUGUCCGUCUCGGCAGCAAGAUCUCGAUUCUCAACUUCGCGCAGAUCGGAAGUGGGAUGAGCGUCCGUGCCUGCGCCCGUUGUGGAAGCGGCAUGAGCAUCCACGGCCUGUUGCGCACGGGGUCCGUGUACGCCGCCAGUCUGCUCGGCUUCGCCACGCUCGGCUCGUCCCUGAGUGUCCGCGCGUUCGCGGAAGUCGGCAGUCGGGUUUCGAUCCUGGACUUCCUGAACAUGGGAAGCAGCAUGUCCGUCCGCCAGUUCGCCAGAGUUGGCAGCGGCUUGAGCCUGCAGGGCGCCUGCAAGAUUUCGGAGUCCGUGUCCGUGCUGAAGUGGCUGCACUUGGGAAGUUCGCUGUCCAUGCGCAGUUGCGGCAGCUUCGGCAGCCAGUUGUCCGUUUUGGACGCGGUGGUGCUCGGGUCGUCGCUCAGUCUCCGCAACUACAUCCGCCUCGGAUCGUCGAUGAGCGUGUUUGGCAAAGACCUCCGCAUGGGCGGACGCACAAGCGUCCUGAGCUUCCUCCACCUGGGCAGCUCUCUUUCGGUGCGCGCUUCCGUCAAGAUGGGAUCGGCGUUGUCGCUUCUGGACUUCACGAACACCGGGUCAAGCUUAAGUCUUCGCGCAGUGGCUCGCCUGGGGUCCAGCGUGUCCCUGUUCGGACUCUUUGCGUGCGGCUCCACCAUGACCAUGUCCGUGAUUCAGUCGGUCGCGCUCGGUAGCGCUUUAUCCCUCCGCAGCGCGUCUCGUCUUGGGUCCGAGAUGUCCAUCCUCAACUUCGCCGGCCUCGGAAGCAGUUUGUCCGUGCGCUCCUACGCCCGCGCGGGCAGCAAGGUCUCGGUUUUGGACUUCUUCAACUUGGGAUCUUCGCUUUCCGUUCGCAGCGUCGUGCGUGUCGGUUCUUCGCUGAGCGUGCUCGGGGCCUCGAAGGUCGGGUCCGUUUUAGGUGUGUCCGUGAUCCAGUUUGUCCAGAUGGGAAGCAGCCUGUCCUGCCGCUCGUUCACGCGGUUCGGCGGGAAGACCUCAGUCUUCGACUUCAUGAACAUGGGCAGCGCGCUCAGCGUGCGUGCGAUGACUCGACUGGGCAGCGGGGUCUCGGUCCACGGAUUGGCCGCCUUCGGCUCCGUCUGCAAGACCUCGUUGCUGGAUCGCCUGUGCCUCGGGAGCUCGCUUUCCGUCCGGUCCUUUGCGCGGUUCGCCAGCGGCACCACCCUGCUGGACAUGUUCACCCUGGGCAGCUCGUUGUCCUUGCGGUGCGUGGCACGCAUCGGCUCGUCUUUAUCCGUCAAGGACAGUACCCGGAUGGGAGCGGCACUCUCCGUCCUCUCCCACGUGGAACUCGGAAGCUCCUUGUCCCUGCGGUUGGCGUUCAAGGCCGGCAACUGUUUGUCUGUGCUGGAAUACGUGAACAUCGGCAGUUCCGUCAGCUUGCGGUCCACGGUGCGCCUUGGAAGCUCGUUAUCUACGCUCAACUUCGUGAACCUGGGAUCGAGCUUGUCCCUGCGCGGUUACGCCCGCGUCGGGUCCACUAUGUCCGUUCUCGCCGAUAUGCGAGCGGGUGCGCAGCUCUCCGUGCUGGGCUCGGUGGCCGUCGGGUCGUCCAUGUCGAUCCGCACCUUCACGCGAUUGGGUGCGCAGGUCUCCGUCCUGGACUACGUCACGCUCGGCAGCAGCAUGAGUGUGCGGUCGACUGUCAGCUUCGGCAGCAAGUUCUCGAUCCUGGACAUGGUUUCGCUCGGUUCCGCCCUUUCCGUUCGCCAAUACGUGCGUCUCGGGUCCUCGUUCUCGGUGAACCAGCAGUCGCGGUUCGGAAAUGACGUGUCGGUGCUGGCGCAGAUCGCUUGCGGAAGCAGCUUAUCUCUGCGAUCUUUGAGCAGAAUCGGUUCCAUGCUGAGUGUGCUGGACAGCAUGUCCUGCGGUUCCGCCAUCUCCCUCCGAGGCGGUUCCCGGUUCGGAAGCGCCCUCAGCGUUCUCGGAUUCGCCCUUGCGGGAUCGUCCGUGUCCAUGCGGACCUUCACGCGCCUGGGCAGUUCUUUCUCCGUGAUGGGUCUGACGCAGGUUGGUUCCAUGAAGAAGCUAUCUAUCGUGGGUGCGACGCACAUCGGCUCUAGUCUGUCGAUCCGUUCCACAACGCGUUUCGGCUCGCAGUGCAGUAUCCUCAACUACACGGCCUUUGGGUCCUCGUUGUCGCUGCGCAACUACGCCCGAUUCGGCAGCGCGCUUUCGAUCGCCAGCUGCACCGGAAAGAGCAACGUGAUUGGCGGUAGAGGCGGUUUAUCCGUGCUCGACGCGGUCCAUCUUGGCAGCAACGUGUCGGUCCGUGCGACCGCCCGGUUCGGCGGCAGCCUGAGCAUCCUGAACUUCUCCGACUGUGGUAGCAGUCUGUCCCUGCGCUCGUACGUCCGUGCGGGCUCCGGCUUCAGCGUUGCAGGACGGUGUGCCAUGGGCUCCGUCUACCGACUGUCGGUGAUCGAGAUGACGAACCUCGCAUCGACUUGCUCCGUUCGCGGGUUCGCGCGAAUGAGCAGCGUCAGCUCCGUGUUUGACCACCUGAUGAUGGGAUCCUCCCUCUCGGUCCGCGCUUUCGCUCGCAUCGGAUCUGGGCUUUCCCUGUUGCAGAGCGCGCGGGUCGGCGGCGGUUGCUCGGUCCUGGCGCAAACCACCCUCGGCAGCUCCAUGUCGCUGCGCAUGUUCACCAAGAUGGGCAAGACCUUGUCCGUUCUGGACGCCGUGUACAUGGGAUCCGCAUUGUCUGUGCGGGCCGUGGCGCGCUUAGGCUCCGGCUUCAGCGUCAACCGCGUGAGCAAGGAGGCUGUCGCGUCCUUCGGAGUCCGAUUGUCCGUGUUGGACAUGAUGUCGCUCGGCAGCAGUGUUUCAAUUCGCGCCAUGGCUGAGUUCGGAUCCAGGUGCUCCGUGUUGGACACGCUGAUUCUGGGCUCGUCGCUCAGUCUCCGCCAGUACUCGCGCGUAGGCUCCGGCUUCUCCGUCGCGGGUAUGUUCAACGUGGGCUCCGUGUGCCGCCUCUCCGUGAUCGGGUUGAGCAACUUCGGAAGCAGUUUGUCCGUCCGGUCGUUCGCCAAGUUCGGAAGCCAGGUAUCCGUGCUGGACUGCUUCCAUCUGGGCUCGUCCAUCUCCCUGCGCGCCUCCGCCAGGGUCUCCGACAACGUCAGCGUUUUGUCCUUCGUUUCCAUGGGCUCCACCAUCUCUGUGCGAUCGUCCGCUCGGUUCGGUUCCAACUGUAGCGUGUUGGACUUCAUGCAGAUGGGUAGCACGUUCAGCAUCCGCAGUGUGGCCCGCAUCGGCAGUUCGCUGUCCGUGAUGGGUGCGUCGCGAACGAUGGGUGGCUGCUCCGUGCUGGAUUGGGCGCUGUUCGGCUCUAGCUUCAGUGUGCGGUCCGUCGUCCGGUGCGGCAGCUCCCUGUCACACUUGGAGUUUGCGCACUGCGGUUCCGCUCUGUCGCUGCGUGCGUACGCGCGUCUCGGCAGCGCUGCAAGCGUGUGGAGCACGCUGCGUGCCGGCGAUCGCUUCUCGAUCCUCGGGAAUGUGUCGCUCGGCUCCGCCUUGUCGCUCCGCGGGGUUGCCCGUCUCGGUGGCGGCCUGUCGGUGCUCGACAACGUGGCGAUGGGAUCCGCGUUAUCCCUGCGCGCAACGGCUCGCUUCGGCAGCGCGAUGUCUCUCCUGGACUUCGCCGCGGUCGGCUCGUCCUUCAGCGUGCGACGGCAAGUGCGGGUGGGGAAGAGCUUCUCCGUGCUGAACUUCGGCCAGUGCGGUAGCUCGCUGAGCAUUCGGGCCGCUGCUCGCUGCGGCUCGUCCCUGUCCUGCAUGGGAUUGGCGCGUGUCGGUUCCGCGUACCAGAUGUCCGUGAUCCAGGAAAUGUCCCUGGGAUCGUCCAUGAGCGUGCGCAGCUUCGGACGCUUCGGUUCGGCCAUCAGCGUCUUCAGCUUCAUCACGGUUGGGUCCUCCUUGUCCCUGCGGGCCUACGCACGUUGCGGCUCGGCCUUGUCCAUCUUCAACGCCCCGGUCAAUGUCGGCGGGAAAUUUUCGCUGCUGGAUAUGUCCUCCGUCGGUAGCACGCUGUCCGUACGGGCCGCCAUCCGGGUUGGCUCCUCCAUGUCCGUGCUCGGGAGUAUCAAGAUGGGCGACUCAUUGUCGAUCCUUUCGCAGAUCCAUUUAGGUUCUGCCCUCAGCGUGCGGUGCAAGGUGCGGGCCAACGCCAACGUCUCCCUCCUUGACUACGCACAGUUCGGCAGCUCGCUCUCGAUUCGUGCGUCGGCGCGAUUCGGAAGUCGGUUGUCGACGCUGGACUUCAUGAGCAUGGGAAGCUCCUUCUCGAUGCGCAACUACUGCCGUGUCGGAUCAGCUUUGUCCGUGUUCGGUCUCACCGCCGUCGGGUCCUGCUUGCGGGCGAGCGUGAUUGACUUCAUGCAGUGCGGGUCUAGCAUGUCCACACGCAGCGUCUCCAGAUUGGGCAGCCGCGCUUCGCUACUGGACUACCUGGCGAUCGGCUCUUCACUCUCCAUUCGGUCGUUCCUCCGCUCCUCCUCCGCGUGCAGCAUCUGCGGCACCAGUCGAAUGGGCAUGGACCUGUCCGUCUUGGGCUUCUCGCACGCCGGCAGCAGUUUGUCGCUCCGCAGCACCGCCCGAUUUGCCUCGGCCAUGUCGGUUUUGAACUGCGUGACCCUGGGCUCGAGUCUCUCGAUGCGAUCGUACUCGCGGUGCGGCUCGGCUCUGGUCGUCAGCGGCCUGCUCAACAUGGGCAGUUGCAUGAAGGCCAGCGUGCUGCAAUGGUGCCACGUCGGGUCCUCCGUCUCGAUUCGCCAGUACAGCCGCAUUGCGGGUGACAUCAGCGUGCUGGACAUGUGUGCCUUGGGCAGCGGAUUGUCGAUGCGCAGCUACAUGCGCAUUGGCUCCAGCGUCUCCGUCCACGGUUUGCAGUGCGUCGGGUCGGUGUCCCGCAUGAGCGUCAUGGACUUCCUCGCCAUUGGUAGCUCCUUGUCGCUCCGCAGCCGCGGCUCGUGCGGGGACAGCCUGUCCGUUCUCAGCUACGUCGGCAUUGGAUCCUCGGUCAGCCUGCGGUCGUUCGCCCGUCUGUCCUCGAACCUGUCCGUCCUGGACUUCGUGACGCUAGGCUCCACCCUGUCGACGCGCAGCAUGGUGCGGUGCGGAUCGCGCAUGAGCAUCAUCGACCACUUUGCUUUGGGUUCCUCCCUGAGCUUGCGCACGGUCCUCCGCAUUGGCUCCGGCUUCAGCGUGUCGUGCGCUGACAACCUGGCCAACAAAAACGUGCUGCAGGGCAAGCUUUCCGUGUUGGACUACGUCAGUCUCGGCAGCUCGCUGUCGAUCCGGAACCAAGUGCGCUUUGGAACUUCGGCCAGCAUGCUCGGCUUCGCCAACCUGGGCUCCUCGCUGUCCGUGCGGUCCUACGUUCGGUUAGGGUCCGGAUGCAGCUUCAUGGGCUUGGCGCGCACGGGUUCGCUCUACGCGUUGUCCGUCGUUGCGCAAACCACUUUGGGCUCGAGCCUCUCGCUGCGCACGCACGCGCGGCUCGGCCAGAACGCCAGCGUGAUGGACUUCGUCAGCGUCGCUUCUUCACUCUCCCUGAGAUCUGCCGCCCGGGUCGGAAGCGGUCUCUCCGUGUGCGGCAAGACGCGCAUCAGCGACGCACUGUCCGUGAUGAUGCACACCACCCUCGGGUCUUCCUUGUCCAUCCGUGCGAUGACCAAGAUGUACGGCGGCACCUCGGUGCUGUGCUUCACGAACUUGGGCAGCUCGCUGAGCGUCCGCCAGGUGUCGCGCAUGGGCGGGCACUUGUCGCAGCUGAACUUCGCCAGCUUCGGCUCCGCAGUCUCCAUCCGCUCGUUCCUGCGGGUGGGUAGCUGUGUCAGCGUGUCCGGCACGCUGCAGUGCUCGUCGUGCUUCCGCUUGUCGGUGGAAGGCUUCUUGCACGUGGCGAGCAGCUUGUCCCUGCGUUCGUUCGCGCGCAUCGGGAGCAUGCUCUCCGUCCUGGACGGCAUGACGGUCGGUUCGGCCUUGUCGGUCCGCAACUACGCCAGAUUGGGCUCCGCCUGCAGUUUAACCGGCCGGAUGAUCGGUGGUGACAAGUGCUCGGUGCUGGGCUUCCUGCACUUGGGCUCCUCCAUGUCGAUUCGCGCCAUGUCGCGGUCGGGAUCCAUGCUGAGCGUCUUCAACCUGGUGAACCUGGGCAGCUCGAUCAGUAUGCGGUCGUACAUGCGGUGCGGCAGCAGUCUGUCCGUUCGCGGGGACCGCGUCCGCAUUGCCGGCAAGACGUCCAUCAUGCAAGAAAUCGCGAUUGGAAGCUCUUUGUCGGUCCGAUCCAUCGCGCAACUCGGCUCGAAGAUGUCGACGCUCGACUUCCUCAGUUUAGGAUCCUCGAUGUCGAUCCGCUGCUUCGGUCGGUUCGGCGAGUCGGUGUCGAUGUUCCACUUCCUGAACGUGGGUUCCACGGUGUCGUUGCGCAGCUACUCGCGCAUGUCGAGUUCGAUGUCGGUUUUGGACUUCGUCACACUCGGCUCCGCCCUGUCCGUCCGCAACUUCGUGCGCAUCGGCAGCGGCAUGAGCGUGAAGGGCCAGUUCAACUGCGGCUCCUGCAUGAAGCAAUCCGUCAUCCAGUGGGCCAUCAUGGGCAGUUCGUUAUCUGUUCGGUCCACGGCUCGCUUCGGAAAGACGUUGUCCGUGCUGGACUUCACCACCGUCGGCAGUUCGCUGUCCAUGCGUGCGGUCGCGCGGUUGGGUAGCUCGGUUUCCGUGGGACAACUCGCGCGUCUGGCGGGUUCCAUCUCCGUGGCCUGGUGUGCGCACAUCGGAAGUGCGAUUUCGGUGCGCACGCAGGUGCGCUUGGGAUCGCGCAUGUCGAUCUUCGACUUCUUGAACUUGGGUAGCAGCGUGUCCAUCCGGGCGAUGGCCCGCGUCGGCAGCUCGGUCUCGAUCCUCGGUCGCAUUCGGGCCGGCUUGGGUGCUUCGGUGCUGGACUUCUGCAACCUCGGAAGCUCUAUGUCGUGCCGCUGCACCGCGCGUUUGGGCUCCGCCGUGUCGAUCCUGAUGAUGUCGCAGAUUGGCUCCUCGUUCUCCGUCCGCAGCUUCGUCCGCGUCGGGUCGAACCUAUCUGCGCUGGGCAUGGCGGCCACCGGCAGCUGCUUGCGGCUGAGCGUCAUCCAGCAGUGCCACCUGGGCAGCUCGCUGUCGCUGCGAAGCUUUGCCCGCCUCGGCUCGUCGCUUUCGGUCCUCGACGCGGCCAGCCUCGGCAGCAGCCUGUCGCUGCGGCAGUUCACGCGCCUCGGCUCCGGAUGCAGCAUCUUCGGCCAGUCCACGCAGCGCAUGGACGUCGGUGCGUCGUUCUCCAUUCUGGGUGCGAUGCAGAUCGGUAGCAGCUACUCGAUGCGGUCGAUCGCUCGCUUCGGCAGCAGCAUGUCCAUCUUGUCCUUCGUGCACCUCGGGUCGUCCCUGUCCGCCCGUACCUACGUGCGCCUGGGCUCGUCCGCGUCCGUCGUCAAGGCCGCGCAGUUUGGCAGCAAGAUGUCGGUGUUGAGCUUUCUGCACCUCGGAUCCAGUGUGAGCAUGCGCGGUUACGCCCGAUGCGGGAGCGCGAUCAGCGCGUUGUCGUACACGCAGCUGGGAUCCGCGUUGAGUAUCCGUCAGUUCUCGCGCUUUGGCAGUUCCGUCUCCGUGCACGGCCUGGUCAAUACGGGCUCGGUCUUGCGGUCCAGCGUCAUCGACUUUGUCAACAUGGCAAGUUCCGUCUCGUUGCGCAGCUUCGCUCGCAUGGGUUCCGCGCUGUCGACGCUCGACAUGAUUGCCGUGGGCUCUUGCUUGUCCGUCCGCGGGUUCUCGCGCGUGGGCUCCUCGCUGUCCGUCACGGGUCGCGCCCGCGUGGGUGACAACAUGUCCGUUUUAGCUUUCGUCAACCUGGGCUCCAGCCUCUCGCUGCGCCGGUCCGCAAAACUCGGCACGACCUUGAGCAUCCUGAACUGCGUCAACCUGGGCAGCACCGUCUCGGUCCGCCAGUUCGUCAGAGUUGGUAGCGCCUGCAGCGUCCAUGGCUUGGGCGUUGCCGGUUCCAUGCUGAAGAUGUCCGUCAUGGACCUCGUCACGCUGGGAAGUUCCUUGUCCGUGCGGUCCUUCGUCCGGGCGGGUAAGGAUUUUUCGAUCCUCGAUUUCACGCUGCUCUCCUCGUCCCUCUCCGUGCGGCAAUUCGUCCGCAUCGGCAGCAGCGUGAGUGUCAAGGGAGAGGCGCGACUGGGGCAAAGCUUGUCCGUGCUCGCGUGCUGCCACCUCGGCUCUUCUGUCUCCCUUCGCGGCGUCUCGCGGCUGAGCAGCAACGUCUCCGUGCUGAACUUCGCCAAUCUCGGCUCCGCGCUGUCCCUGCGCGCGACCGCUCGCUGCGGCAGCGGCUUCAGCGUGUACGGGCGGCUUGGCGUCGGUAGCUGCAUGAAGUUGUCGAUCAUCAACUGGCAGACCAUGGGCAGCUCCGUCAGCAUGCGGUCCUUCACGCGCAUGGGAUCGAACGCCAGCGUCCUCGACUACGUCGCGGUCGGAUCGGCAAUUUCGCUGCGGCAGUUCGUCCGGCUCGGGUCCUCGUGCUCCGUCUUUGACAAGCUCACCGUGCAGGGCUCCUUCUCCGCCUUGGACGCGGUCUCGCUCGGCUCGUCCAUCUCGAUCCGGGCCGUGAUGCGUCUCGGCUCCAAGAUGUCGGUGCUGGACAGCAUCACUUUGGGCAGCAGUGUCUCCCUCCGGGCCUUCACGCGACUGGGAAGUUCUAUGAGUGUCUGCGGCCCGAACGUACGUCUCGGUUGCCGCGCGUCAAUACUGGAUUGCCUCACGUUAGGAUCUAGUUUGUCCGUGCGGGGGUCUUUUGUCCGCGCGGCGGCAAACGUGUCCGUGAUGGAAUUCGUGCACAUCGGCAGUUCGAUGUCGCUCCGCUCGUUCGCGCAGUUCGGAUCGCACGUGUCCAUCCUCGACUCGAUCUCGUUCGGAAGCUCGCUUUCCCUGCGCAGCAUGGCGCGGUCCGGGAACGCGUUGUCGGUGAUGGACUACGUCCAACUGGGUUCGGCCAUGAGCGUGCGCGCCUUUGUCCGGCUCGGUAGCACCAUGAGCGUCUUCGGCAGCACGGUUGUGGGCUCCGUCAAGAGCUGCAGUAUCAUCAACUUCACCAUGGUCGGAAGCUCGUUGAGCGUCCGCAGUGCGGUCCGACUGGGCACCAGCAUGUCCGUGAUGCAGUUCGCGCACCUCGGCAGCACUAUGUCGCUCCGCGGCUUCACCCGCAGCGGCAGCUGCAUGUCCAUUCUGGACGCGGUGGGUCUCGGCAGCGCGCUCUCGGUCCGCAGCUUCGUGCGGUUCGGAAGCGGUUUGUCGGUUGCAGGGGGGAAAGUUGCGCUCGGAAUUGGCGGCGAAAACCGGUGCAGCAUCGGGGCCAACACGGAGCUGGGACAACGCCUCUCCGUGUACUCGCAGCUCAACGUCGGCUCCACACUCUCCCUGCGCAGCUUCGCACGUCUCGGCGGACAGGUCUCCGUACUCGACUUCGCCAGUUGCGGCAGCGCGUUGUCGCUCCGCGGCUUCAGCCGCGUGGGCAGUGGAGUGUCGUUGUUUGGAAACCUGCAGACUAGCUGUGGCAACCGGUUGUCCGUCCUGGACUUCCUGAACCUGGCUUCGUCCUGCUCGCUCCGCAGCUUCACCGCCAUGGGUUCACGCAUGUCGGCGCUGGAUUACUUGACGCUCGGCAGCUCGCUGUCCGUGCGCUCCGUGUCCCGACUGGGCAGCUCCCUGUCCGUCAAGGGCCGGCUGCGCGUGUCCGAACACUGCAGUGUUCUCGACUACCUGCAUAUUGGUAGCUCCGUCUCGCUGCGGGCCACCAGCGCCUUGGGCGGCAUGAUGUCGGUGGUGCAGUUCGUCAAUUUGGGCUCUUCUCUCUCACUACGGCGAAAAUCCCAGAUCGGCAGCUGUCUCUCAGUGCUGAACUUUGUCAGCGUCGGGUCCUCUUUAUCCGUCCGUACGGCCGUGCGGCUGGGAAGCGGGCUCUCCGUGAUGGGCAUCUCGCGCCUGGGCUCGUUAUGCAACUGCUCGGUGAUCAACUACGUGCACGUUUCCAGCUCCGUUUCUCUCCGCAGCUUCGCUCGGUGCGGUUCGGCACUGUCCGUGAUGGACUUCGCAUUAUUCGGCUCCGCCGUGUCCAUCCGUGCGGUCGCGCGAUUCGGCAGCAGCCUAUCCACGUUCGGCCCGGGUAAGUUCGGUGGCCAGUGCAGCAUCCUCGGCUUCGCGGUGUUGGGAAGCUCCCUGUCUGUCCGUGGGAAGUAUGGCCGUUUCGGGGAACGUGUGUCCGUGCUGGACUUCCUGAACCUCGGCAGCAGUCUAUCGAUCCGCAACUACGUGCGUGCAGGGUCCAGUUGCUCGCUGAUGGGUCUGGCGCGUGUCGGCUCGGCGUUCAAGUGCUCCGUGAUUCAGUGCGCGUCGUUGGGAAGCUCAUUGUCCGUCCGCAGCUACGUCCGCAUCGGUUCCUACGCGUCCGUUUUAGACUACGUGAACCUGGGUUCUGCUCUGUCGCUGCGCCAGUUCGCUCGGUUGAGCUCCGGCAUCAGCGUGUCCGGAAGCAUGAAGGUGUGCGGCAACAUGAGUCUCGUCGGGCAACUGCAAGUCGGCUCGUCGCUGUCGCUGCGGUCAUUGGCUCGCUUCGGCGCCACCAUGUCGGUGCUCGACUCGGUCUGUCUCGGAAGUUCCGUGUCCGUCCGGUCCUUCCUGCGGGUGGGCAGCGGUUUGUCCGUGCACGGGUUCUCCGCGUUCGGCUCAUUGCAAAGGCUCUCGAUCGCACAGCAACUGGAGGUCGGCUCCUCCCUCUCCCUGCGGUCGUUCGCCCGCUUGAGCAGCAAGUGCAGUAUCCUGGACGCGGUCAUCUUCGGCUCCAGCAUGUCGCUGCGGAAUUUCGCCCGGUGCUCGUCGAGCAUGUCGGUGAUGGGAAAACUGCCGGUCGGAAAGAACGCGUCAGUUCUAGAACAAGUGCAUCUAGGUUCCACACUCUCCGUCAGGAACACACUAAGGUGCGGUUCCCGCGUGUCGAUCCUGGACUGCCUGAACCUCGGUUCGUCGGUGAGUCUCCGCGCCUUCGCCAGAAUCUCUAGCGGAAUGUCCGUGCUCGGGGAUGCGCAGGUCGGCCAGCACUGCAGCGUUCUCAGCUACGCCAACUUGGGGUCCUCCUUCUCCGUGCGCAGCAAGGUGAAGGUCGCCGGCCACAUGUCGCUGCUGUCCUUCGCCCACUUGGGUUCCUCCGUGAGCAUGCGAAACUUCGCGAAGGUGUGUGGGGCGGCCUCGGUGUUGUCCUAUGUGUACUUCGGGUCGUCUCUGUCCCUGCGCAACACCGCAAGAACAGGAGCCAACAUGUCGGUGCUGAACUUCGCCUGUCUGGGUAGCGCCUUGAGUUGCCGCACGUUCUCGCGGUUCGGCUCUGGUCUGUCCGUCAACGGCUUCGUCGCGUGCGGCUCCAUCUUCCAGACCUCGGUGAUUGGGUCCGUGACAAUUGGAAGUUCGCUGUCUCUCCGGUCCUUCGCGAAGCUUGGAAAGGACCUCUCCGUGCUCGACUCAGUUACCAUGGGCUCGGCGCUCUCGCUCCGCGGGCUCGCGCGGUGCUCUGGCACGGCAAGUGUACUGCAAUUCGUCGCAUUGGGUAGCGGUUUGUCCGUGCGCACGGCGAGCCGCUUCGGAUCCCGCAUGUCCGUCCUGGACUUCCUGGAUUUGGGCAGCAGCGUAUCGUUGCGCGGCCUGGUGCAAUCCCGAGGAAUGCUGUCCGUCUUGGACUGCGUUUCGUGCGGCAGCACUUUGUCCAUCCGCAGCUGCGGGCGGUUCGGCUCGGCCAUCUCGGCGCUGAACAUGUUCAACUGCGGCAGCACCUUGAGUCUCCGCGCGUACGUGCGCAUUGGCAGCUCCGCGUCCGUCCUGUCACACGGCCGGGUCGGUGGCCGCGCGUCGGUGCUCGACUUCUUGAAUUUGGGCAGCUCGAUGAGUAUCCGCGCCGCCGUGCAGCUCAGCAGCCGUUGCUCGGUGCUCAACCACUUCGCGUUGGGUUCCUCCAUGUCCGUGCGCCAGUAUUUGCGUGUCGGUAGCAGUGCCUCCGUGGUCGGAAAACUCCAGGUCGGAAAUCGGUGUUCGGUGCUGAACUUCACGACUUUAUCCUCCUCUCUCUCCGUGCGCAACAAGCAGCGCCUCGGCGACCGGGUGAGUGUGCUGGACUUCCUGAAUCUCGGCUCCCAGCUGUCCAUGCGCAACUUCGUCAAGUGUGGCGGCAACGCGUCGGUUCUGGACUUCGCGAUGCUCGGCUCCAGCUGCAGCAUCAGAAGUGUAUGCCGGUUCGGCUCGCGCGCGUCGAUCUUAGAUUGCCUGACUCUCGGAAGUUCCGUCUCCGUGCGGCAAUUUGCGCGGGUCGGCUCCGGCUUGUCCGCACACGGCUUAGGCUUUGUCGGCAGCUGCCUGAAGACGUCGGUGAUCGGCUACGCGCACCUGGGAUCCAGCCUGUCCGUGCGGUCCGCAGUCAAGGUCAGCAAAUUCGUCAGCGUGCUGACCUUUGCGCACCUCGGCUCUGCGGUCUCUGUCCGCUCCAUGGCGAGGGUUGGCUCGAGAAUCUCGGUGCUAGACUUUUUGGCGCUCGGUAGCUCGACGUCCCUACGCGGACUCGCUCGUGUCGGCUCCUACGCCUCCGUCCUGUCGUUCGCGACGCUCGGUUCGUCCAUGUCGCUGCGCAGCAUGGCGCGUUUAGGCGGUACCACUUCCGUCCUGGACUCCGUCAACCUGGGCAGCUCCCUCUCGAUCCGCAGCACGGCGCGGUUCGGCAGUGCGGUUUCGGUGCUGUGCUUCGCCAACUUGGGCAGCGCUUUGAGUAUCCGGUCCUACAUGCGGUUCGGAAGCAGUCUCAGCGUCCACGGCGUCCAGCAGGCCGGAUCGCUGCAGCGGACGAGCGUGAUGAACUUCGUCCACCUCGGGUCCUCCAUGUCGUUGCGAUCGCAGGCACGGUUCGCGGAACGCAUGUCGGUGCUGAACUUCGUGUGCAUGGCAUCGUGCGUGUCCGUCCGUGCGGUCGGCCGCUUCGGGUCCAGUCUCUCGGUGCUGUCCCAGGGCCGCAUGUCCGGCCAACUUUCUGUGCUGGAGCAGGUGCAUUUGGGAAGUUCGCUCAGCGUACGCAGGUCGUGCCGCGUGGCCGGCAACUUGUCGAUUCUGCAGUUCAGCCAAUGCGGUUCGUCCGUCUCCCUGCGGUCCAUGUGCCGUGUGGGUUCCGCGACGUCCGUGUUCUCGAAGACGACCUUAUUCGGCGCGAUGUCGGUGCUCGACGCGGUUCACUGCGGCUCUUCAUUGUCCCUGCGCAGCUACGCCAAGGCGGGAUCACGGAUGUCGGUAUUGGACAUGCUCUCCAUGGGCUCCUCGCUCAGCCUCCGUUCCUUCGGGCGCGUGGCUUCGAACAUCUCCAUCCUGGACGGCGCUUACCUCGGGUCCGCCCUCUCCCUGCGGAGUGCCGGCCGUUUAGGUAGCAACAUCUCGAUCCUGAAGUUUAUGGAGAUUGGCAGUUCGCUGUCUUUGCGUAACUUCGCGCGGUUCGGCUCCUCGAUCAGCGCGGUCGGCUUGACGCGCGUAUCGUCCGUUACCCAGGUGUCCAUCAUCCAGUUCACGCACCUCGGAUCCUCCAUCUCGCUGCGCAACUUCGGUUACCUCGGCGAGUCGUGCUCGAUUCUGAGCUUCGUCAACCUGGGCAGCUCGCUGAGCGUGCGCCGGGCCAUUCGGUCGUCGAAACAACUCUCGGUGACUGAUAGCGUCUCGCUCGGCAGCAGCCUGUCUUUACGCAGCACCGCGAGGCUUUCCUCGCGCUGUUCGAUCGUCGACUUCUUGACCAUCGGCAGCACGUUGAGUGUGCGCAACACUGGACGCAUCGGAAGCCGCGCCAGUAUCUUCAACAUGCUGAUGCUGGGCAGCUCGAUGUCCAUCCGGACGCACGCACGGUUUGGCGGAGCACUGUCGGUCAUCGACCUGGUCAACAUUGGUUCGGCCAUGUCUUUGCGAAGCUACAGCCGCCUCGGAUCCAGCGUUUCGGUGCGGGGCUUGGUGAACCUCGGCUCCGUGUCGAAGGUCAGUGUGCUCACGCAGUUGAACGUCGGCUCUGCCCUCUCGCUCCGCUCCAUGGGCAGAAUGGGUAUUACUUUGUUUGUUUUUCUUGUGAUGUAGCUUCUGGUUGUUCGCGGCAUAUUAAAUCUAUGUGCUUGCACUUUGAUUCAGGUUCUUCCGAUUCGAAAAAAUGGUGAGUGAAGAUGCUCCGCUCUCUGGUAAAUGUAAAAGCGAAUUAUUCAACCAAAAAAACCAAACAGGUGCCGUCGCGUCCGUGCUAGACUUCGUCCACUGCGGAUCCGCUCUCAGCGUUCGCGCUUGCGCGAGAUUCGGCUCUGGCGUCUCUGCACUCGGCAACUUUGUUGGCCUUGGUUCCGCAUCGGUGCUGCAGCAGGCUUGCCUCGGAUCGUCACUAUCGGUACUCGCUACUUUUUUUUUGAUUCAGUUUAUCUUCAUCUUCCGUGCCUCGACCGAACUUCAACUUUCCUCAACCAUCCUUAAGCAACAUGCUAGCAGCAAUCAGUAGGACACUGCAUGGGCAAAAAAACGAAACCACUUCCAAAAAUAAACCCACAGAUUCGCGGCGCGUUUAAAUGCGGAUCCAGAUGCAGCGUCCUCGACAUGAUGACGCUGGGCUCCUCAAUGUCCUUGCGCACUUACCUGCGCCUGGGCUCUGCCUUCUCGGUGCACUCCACAGGUACGUGUCUACAGAAACUGCUGAUUUUUGUCUGUGAUACGCUAUCAGUUUUCGGCUUCGCAAAUAAUGUCUCCUGAUGAAUUCAGAUUUCAAUUGCAAAAUGAUGAAAACCCAGAAAAACAAGCCAAUCCUAAAACCAAAUACAGGUACACUGUACAAGGCGCGGGUGAUGCGGGCUCUGUCUAUCGCAAACCGAACCAACAUCGGAUCGUCCCUCUCCGUCCGAGGCUUUGCUAGAGUCGGCGGCAGAGCAUCGGUAUAAUUGAUUUACUCCGUAAAUAACAAUAAGCCAAACGACGAUGAAGUCUUGAACUCGCUUCAAGAAGUUCGCAAGAAUACGUCUAUCGGCAUCACAUGGAUUCAUCCAAAUACCAAAACUUUUCAACACAGGUCGUUGACUUCUUGGCGCUCGGUAGCAGUGUUUCCCUCCGUGGUACUGGCAUGGUGUCAGGUGGUAAGUGCAGUGUGCUUGACUACGUGAAUAUCGGAUCCAGUUGCAGUCUGCGCAGCUACGCUCGUCUGGGCAAGACGCUCUCCGUUCUGGACUUCGUGCACAUGUCCUCGUCGCUUUCCGUGCGCAGCUUCACCCGCUGCGGCAGCUCUGUCAGUGUGCAUGGUCUGGCAGCCGUCGGAUCGUGCUCGAAACUGAGCGUUCUCGGCUCGGUCGUGUUAGGUAAGUGUUUGAUUUGAUGAUGAUGUUUCUGUUUUUCAUGAUAGUGCUGUUUGACAGUUUCUUUUUCGGAUCUCGAUCUAUGACUUUUCUUUGCAUGAGUCGAAAGGAGAACAAGUGGUGACACAACGAAGAUUUUUCACUGUCAUAAAACUCUACUCAUCACAGGCUCGACAUUGUCGCUGCGACACGGCAUGCGGGCCGCUUGCAAAAUGAGCGUGCUCCAGUUCGUGAACUUGGGCAGCUCGGUUUCCGUCCGUGCGGUCGCCAAGGUCGGCUCUCGUGCCAGCGUGUUAGACUUCCUGUCUUUGGGCAGCAACCUGUCUCUCCGAAGAGCGGUGCAGAUGACCGGGCACGCAUCGAUCUGCAGCUUCGCUAAUCUGGGUAUUGCUUUCUUGGGAUUUGUUUUCGAUUUUCACUCUUCAACUUCAUGACGAUGAUGCUAUUCAUUCCUUGCUUAAUAGAUUCUGGCUUGUUUCUACCUAGCUAUGGAGGUACUGGAUAAAAACCACAUUAUUGCUCCAAACUGACAGGUUCAAACCUCUCCCUGCGAAGUUUCGCACGCUUCGGUGGUAAACAUUCCGUUCUGGAUUGCCUGACACUGGGUUCGACGCUCAGUAUGCGCACCAUGACACGCCUCGCGCAGAACGUCUCUGUCCUGGACUACGCAAGCCUGGGCAGUGCGAUUAGCAUCCGCGGAUUCGCACGGCUGGGCUCGUCCCUGUCGACUGCCGGAAAUCUGAAUAUCGGAUCGGUAUUUUUCGCAUAAGUUUUUGUGUUUGGUUUUCCUGCUUGCUGAUAAAGGGCAAGUUUUCAACCAGUGUCAUGUGCUGCAUAAGUUAUACCCAAGAAGUAGAUGUCCAAAGUGAAGCUGAUCUACUACUCAAGCUCCUAUCUCCCAUUCCCAAAAAAUGCCACGACAGACCAUCUCGGGCCUGAAGAUUUCGGUGACCGCAACCAUGACCCUGGCGUCCAGCUUGUCGAUCCGUUCGUUCGCUCGCAUGGGCUCGCGCUGCAGCGUGCUGGACUUCGUGAACCUCGGUUCGGGAUUGUCCAUUCGGCAGUUCGCUCGCCUCGGAAGCGGGGCCAGCGUGAUGGGUAAGAGCACCUGCGGAAAGCUGAGCGUGUUGGAGGCCACGUGCCUGGGUUCCACGAUCAGUCUGCGCGGGACGGCGAAAUUUGGAAGCAACUUCUCGGUUUUGAACUUCAUCACCGCGGGCUCGUCCGUGUCCAUGAGAAGCUUCUUGCGACUAGGAUCCGGACUGAGUGUGAAGGGCAUCUGCACCACCAACGCUGCUAACGGCGGGCUGUCCCUUGUUGGCUCGCUGCAAGUCGGAUCCGCGCUUUCGCUCCGAUCCUUCGCAAGGUAUUUUUUUCGGCUAUUUGUGCAAGAACAUUAGCUGCAGUACUAAACCAAAAGUAAAGGGCUUUUUUGUAGCGUGUGUGGUGAUGUUGCUCUUUUUCUGAAUUACUUUUUCAAAAUUCACAAUACACAGGUUUGGAGGAACUACUUCGAUCCUGGAUAGCACCCAGUUGGGAAGUGCUUUGUCCGUCCGUGGACUAACUCGCUGCGGCAGCAGGCUAUCGGUAAAAAUAUCCUGCUGAAUUUUAGGAUUUUGUUGAAUGGUGCAGACAUUACGCCGCUUUCCGAAAAAUCAUCCUUGCUGACAUGUGUGCUAUUAUGGGCAACAAAUCGAUGAAUAACGACCAAAAAUCCUUUUUCCCAAAUAAAACAAAACAGGUGCUGAACUUCCUCCACUUGGGUAGUGCCGUUUCUACCCGAGCGAUGCUGCGCCUGGGAUCUACACUUUCCUGCUUGGGCUCCAUCCAGGCUACUGGCAGCUCCGUCAGCGUGAUGACAGCAAUGUCGCUAGGUAGCAGCAUGUCGCUGCGGUCCUUCAGUCGCAUUGGAAAGGCCGUGUCCGUCCUGGACUUCGUCGGCGUGGGGUCAGCGUGCUCCGUCCGCUCCUUCAAGCGCCUUGGAAGCAGUACAAAUGAAGAAUUCUUGUUUUAACUACCUAAGCGUUCAGAUUCUUCACGACAGUCAAGACAAUCCUAUAAGCGCCUUUCUUAGUUGGAUGCAAAACUACAGAAAAAAAAGAUCAUCCGCAUGAGAAAAAAAUAAAUCAAUUCUCAAAACGAUAGGUCUCUCUGUUGCUGGGUCCACCGUCCUGGGACAGUACACGUACAUCGUGAACAAGGGCAACUACAUCAAGUACGUGGGCGGCACGGACAAUGCUGUCAACACCGCAUACGCGUUCUACGCUCAGACCAGCGCAGUAGUAGGCUCGUGGGCUUCGACCAGGCGCAUGACGUUGCAGUACUGAAACUUUGGAUUUGUUUUGUUCGUUAAAAUCAGUUUUUCUUUUUCACCACCAGCUUUUGUAUGCGAGUUUGAUUCAUCCCAAUCUAAUCAAAUAUUCAUCACCUUACCUCAAAACAGCGCCGCUUCCAGUGGCACCAACAAUAUCUUGCACGGUAGCUGGGCUUCCGACUCAAGUAUCCCGGCAACGUCCGAUGUCCGACUGAAGAAGAACAUUCGUCCGCUGUACGAAAGCCUGCUCGACCAGAGCUCCGCGGCACAACAUGCAGGGUACUUGAAAUUUUUCUUGGUUUUUUUACUCCGGAUGGUCUAGCAGUAUUACGUUUUUUUUCCAAACAUCUUGGUUUCUUCAUUUCUUCUGAAACCAACAGCGCAAGAGUAAUAUCAAAUCCACGUUCCAUAUCGCUAUACAACAGGCUGAAAGCUUCGAGCAACAGCACUGCGCUUGUGACCACGGAUCAUGUCGCGGCAGGACAGCAGCAAACCGGUAAGGAUAUCGUUUCCAGCCUGUUCCGAAAAUUGAACCCGGUAAGCUUCCAACUGAAGCAGUCCGGGGAGUCGAAGCAACUCUAUUUCGGUUUCAUUGCGCAAGAGCUCGAGCAACUGUACCCGUCGCUCGUCGUGGAGUCUAACCGGGCCGACUACAAGGCCGUGAACUACCAGGACAUCAUCGCGAUCGUCACGCUGACCGUGCAGCAAGAAAUGGAGCGGCUCGACCUGGUCGAGUCCCGCGUUGCGGUGGUCGAAUCCGUGGCGGAAGAACACGCGGAAGUGUUGGAAGAGUCCGGAGACAAGAUCAAAUUGCUCGAGGAGGAGCUGCUUAGGCUCAAAAAGAGUAUUUUUUUGUUUCUUUGUGACGGAGUCUGAGAAGACGUUUUAUGAAUGCUGUUGAUAGUACACUAUCGUGAUUUCUGCUUGAUGCCCUGUCAACAAGCACCCCAAUGACGUCGUUGUAAAAAACUCUCGGAUCAUCAUGUUCAUCUCAACAAGCAAAAUGGAUAAUUUCUCAAUCUUCAACGCAGGUCACGAUGAGCGCAUGGCCCGUUGGAUAGAGGAUGGGCUGCUGGAUGAGUUCACGAUUGGGGCUGGAAAGAAUUCCACGACCGUCGUCGAUCACCUGCCGCUGCUGAAGCGGGAAAGGCAAGGUGAUGCGCAAAAGCAGCACGACCACGACAACUCGAUCUAUCAGUGAAAAAACAGAGUAGAAAAACGAAAAGAACGAACAAAUUCUGAAAAGAAAUAAAUGCACAGAAGAAAUAGGAAAAUCAUUAAAAACAUGCGAGUUUGAUACUCGGCAUGCUCGGACUAUCUUGAUCGAUAGUAAUCCGAGAAAAAAGUCUUUAACAGUUUCACACCUAUCAGGCUUACCAAAUCAGACCUACCAAAACGCUACUAUCACAAGUUAGGUGAAUUGUCGUCAAUAUGAAAUAAACAGUCUACCCAAAUAAAAACUUCAAUAAAAAGCACUUCACCUGAAUUUACUUCUCAAAUUUUAGUCUACACUCUUCACUACAAAGGUACCAACGAGUCCCCAGAGAGUCAAAACACCAAAUUUUUCUAUAUUGCUACACUUUAAAAUCUUCUAUCAGGAUAAGUUUCUACUAUCAGACAAAACUUUUUUCUGUCCACACAACUGCAGAAUCAGAACACAUCUUGACAGAAAAAUACCACAAGACUAAUCAAGAUUUUACGAAGUUCGAGCAGUCGCCGACCCAAAGAUUCGAAACCGCAACAAAGUAUCCUAGCGCUUUAGCGAAGUGCAACACGAGUAAGUAAGAAAAACUGGAGAUAGAUUUCCUUAAUUUCCAGUGUGAUGAAUAACAAACAAUCACUGUCGUAGAAUAGAAGAGCCACCGCUCCCCUGCUGCCACAGGGAUGGUGGUUUUUUCUUUCUUCAGUUUUGGUAGGAACACUCCAACAGCGGACGAUAGCUGCCACUAUUGUCGCGCGUGAAUAAACUCUUGUAAAACGACUACAAUUGUUUCGCUUGUGCUAGGCGGUGGGUCCAAUGGCUGAAUGAUUUCUUGAUAUGGAUAAGUAUCUGUACUUGUUUAAUACUACUUUCGCAAAAGCAAUUUGAAGUUUACCAAUGGUAUCAGCAACAAAAUCGUUCGGAAAUUACAGGAUAUUUGACUUAUUACGCAAUUAUUCAGACUGAAAUUCAGGCCAGGCGGCACGCAGCUUUUUCUCGCUGCUGUCGACCCGGUAGUUUCUUGUUAGAUCAGAACAUUUCAUCAGACAAGAAGAGGUUCAAGUUGGACAGAAUCGAGAGAAGGAGUUCUUUCCAACCUCUCUUUCAGAAGGAAACAGAACCUGCUGUAAAUUGAUUAACUAUGUCAUUGCACUGAAGUCCAAAUUUCUGGUACUGAUAGAUUUUAUUCACUUUUACGUUACAGACAAUUGCUCGAAACACGCUCAAUAAAUUUCUUGAUGUCUUGCUCUUUCUUGCUCUAAUGAAUCUUAUCUGAACACUUUCUAUGCAUGCGUUUCUUUUGUGGUUAAUUGCAUUACUUUCAACAAAAAUGAAGAGGAAUAAGUCGAGAAAAGCUUACUUCUCAGCAAAGUUGCUGGGACGUUAAGUUGCCCUCGUCGAAAUUAAAUUCCCUUCAUUCGAUAAUAUCUUUUGGUUUCUCUAUAGCAUUUGAAGAUAUUCAAUGUCCUAGUCUGGCAGUUCUUGUUGAACAGAGAAUUUCAAGCUCUGCUUU